GUUGAGCUGCAUUACCCGGAAGUGAAGGGGUGAGGAAAGUAGUUGGCAGCUGUGCAAGCUACAGAACUGACGCGUGAGUUGAUCCCAGGGCCUCUCCCAUUAAACACCCAGAGUAUUUAACACAUAACAAGGCUGAAUACAAACUAUCUAUUGCAUUCUAAAUUGGAACCUCCAAAAAUCUUAUUUUAUUCACUUGGGAAUGCUUGACAGAUUUCCUUGUUGUCAGCCUGCCUCCCACACAUACUUGGGACACACACAAACACCUAGAAUACCUGCCUUAACAUACAAUAAAACUACAAUGGGUGACUCUUUAAAUGACAAAUGUCUCUGAAAUAGAUUUCCCAUGAAGACCAGCCAGCCUCUAAAGAUAGCUGUCAUCAAUUUUCACUUUUUUAUUUUAAUUUUAAUAGUUGAAUAUAUAUGUUAUUUUUAAGUAAUGAUAUAUUUUGGUUUUAAGUGAUAUAAAUUGAUUAUUUCUCCCCCGCCCCCCAACCAUUUAAUUAUUUUUUUUUUUUAGGACCAGAUUCUAAUGUUAUCCAGGCAGCCCUGUCAGUAUGCGUCUGCCUGCUCUCUCUACCCUACAAUACCCUCAGCAUUUACCUGCCUCCAUCCCCUCCCAGGGCUUAGCUCAAUUUACAUAUGUUUAACAGUUUGCUUACAUUAGGAGAGGCACUAGGACAUGCAAUGUACCAUAAACAAUACAGCAAACUAGUAGUAGUUAUGGUGCAUGGCGUGUUCGUUUAAUCUAACAUUUUGACAGUGGUUGAUCUUUCUAUUCCUGACUGCUCUUCCUUUUUAUCAUUAGACUAUUAGUAGAUUCUUUAUAAUGUAGACAAAUAAUUGCUAAAUCAUUACUUGUUCAACCUCGAUACUUCUAAUUUAGGUGCAUAAUGUACUUAUGCAGAUGACACUCGCCUGGGGUUAAUUCGUAUAUCUCAUCAUUCGGUAAUCUAUUUUGAGCACUUUCAAAUUUCUUUGCUUUGGAUAGUUGUAACACAGCCAGUAAAUGUUCACUGCCCACUUGACUGUUCUAAUCGGCCAUGUACUGUUCCGUGUGUGUUUAUAUGUUUAUUGAUUAUACAUUUAUAUUUCUUAUCCUCUAAAUAUCUAUUGGAGGAUUUGAUUCGUGUUGAUUUGUCACAAAUUCAUAAACUGGAAAAGAAAUGGCUAUUAAUUUAAAUACUGUACUAAUAGGGUUGUGCACAAAGCUUAAAGAAUGCCUCUAGUCUGGUUUCCCUUUUUCUUUUUAAAGAGCUUUUUGCUUUUGCUAGCAAAUGUAUAGAUUGUGGCAUUGACUGACCUGAGAAAGCAGAAUAUAAUUAUCCCAGAAGGUGUUUACUCUCACAAGCUUAUUAACUGCAGUGCAUGCGCUUCAGUUGCUAUGGAACCUCCCUAGACAAGAGAUACACUGAGACAAAGUAGGGACUAGUUUGUCCCUGUAUAUUUCAUCUAUCUGACACUUAUUGACAGUGGGCGGAGCUGCUGCCGUGAAGAAGUUUCAAUCCCCCAGCUGUUACCAGGUGCAGGAAAAUAGGUUAUAUCUAUGGAGAAUGUUGCGGUCUUCAUAGACCUCAAUGCUUUACUAUUGCGAACUGAAGAGGACAGCAGGGGUGAUAUGGGUUUGGCAAGAAUACAUAAGAUUUAGAGAGGGCAAAGUUAUAUUGGGGAGAUGUGAGGAAAUUCUAAGAGAAAGCUGAUGACACUGUGGGAGUGUGUGGAAUCUAUCGCCUACCAGGGAUCACUUACCUUCCCUUCUCUCUUUUGACAACAUUCACUGACUGUAUCUUAUUUGGUGCAUGUGUCAUUCAGUUUUAAAGACUACACUCCUAGGAUGCUCAACCACCCUUUAAUCUGAUACAGUGCUCGUCAAGGCACACCUUACAGUCCAGGAUUUGGAAGUUAACUGGGUGUAUCUAAAGUGUUUCAAAUAAAUAAACACUUUAGACACACCCUGGUAAUCCCCAAAUCCUGGACUGUUAGGUGUGCCUUGAUGUGACAGUCGAGGAGCACUGUGGCCUGGUAAAUAUUGACCACUAUAAAAAAUGAGGUUUGCUAAAGUUAGCCAUUCUCUUGUGACUGCGGUUAAGCUUCUCUUGCUUUUUUAGCACAAUGGGAGAUAUGGUCCACAGACAUCAUUACUUUUUACUACAUUUCCCAUAAUGCUGUGUCAACCAUUAAAGGAAUAUUUUAUGGCAGUGCUCGACAAAUCCCAUGCACCAGGUCGCCAUGGCGACCCGGAAGUUUGUCCUGGCACCUGGGAUUUGUGAGCCUGUUCAGCCCUCAAGGUGACCGGCUGCCUUUGAGCAGAGACAGGCAGUCGGAUCACAGAGGGCUUAGGAAGGCUGUUGACUGAUGCAGGCGGCCGGCUCAUUGACAAGUAAGGGAGGGAGACCGGAUCACAGAGAGCUGUGAGAGGGAGGCAGGCGGCUGACAGAGGGAGCGGGACGGCCGGCUCAUUUAUUGCUCAGGGAGGGAGAGGGGCGGCCAGCCUGUGCAAAGCGGAGGGGGCAGCCAGGUAAUGGAGAGCGUGGCGGGGGGGCGGCGGACAGAUUACUUAAUGCUGCGGCGAGAGAGCUGUAAUUUCCCUACUCACCUUCCUCACGUGGCUUGCAGGGAUGACAGGUGACGUCAUAACCCGGCAUCCCUGCAAGCCGCACGAGGAAGGUGAGUAGGGAAACUACAGCUCUCUCGCCGCGGCAUUAAGUAAUCUGUCACUGCCCACUGUUACUGCCAUAUAAUCUCAGCGCUGAUGAGGCGGAAUGUUGCGUGUGGAUUAUAUGAAUUAGGCUGUCCUCAUCAGACCUCCAUUCUCUACAAGCCGAUUUCACUUCAACGCGUUUCGCCAGCUGUACUGGGCUUUUUCCAGACUUCCUUUUUUUGUAACCUUUCAAGGUACAAUCUGCAGUGAGCUAGAAUAUAUCUACGGAAUUCUGCUGAAAGACAAAGAUUAACCCCCUAAAGACUUUUGGACUCUUAAACAAGUUUUGAACUUAAUUCUGUGUUUAAUCCAAUUUAUUGUGAUAGAGCUCAGUAUAGAUAUACUACUAAUUCACAAAAAUAAGUUGUACAUUUUCACAUUUAAACUGAUUGCCUAUGUAAGGCUAUCACAGAUAGCGCUGACUCUUAUUUUUUUUAUUUAUAUUUAGGUAAAGAUUUUUAAGGAACUUUAUUUUGUGUAUAGCUGCUUUACUAUAUUUUAUUACCGUAAAGGAAUUUUAACCUAUUUUAGUUGCGGUCUCCUGUGGCUGUCCGGCGUCGCGGUCGAUGACCUUUGGUCCGGAUGGGCUUUUGGUGUGAGUGGUGGAGGCUUGGGUUGUCGCUGCGCCCGGGAUAGGCCCGUGCCGCUCUGAUUGCCCGCAUCCCUCCGCGAUUCUGUCUGAUGUAGAGGGCAGCCUGAAGCUCCAGUUGUUCCCAGAAGCAGCGGAAAAGGGUGUCUAGCCGCUCGUGUAAGGGCGGAGAGGGCAUUUGUGUGAGGGCCUGUCCAACAUCCUCCAUUUUGUAAAUGUGAUGUGGAUUUCAGGGGAUUUCUGGGGCCCACGGCUGAUUAUGGGCCAGGUCGAUGUGGACCGGGAUAACCCCCACCGGGGGAACGCGGGCAUUGCGUGUCGUCAGCCAGGUAUGGAGGUGGCGGGAUAGCGGCCGUCUCCCCCGCGCUGUCCGCGAGUGUAGGCCACAUGGUGGAGCCGAGCGGGUUUCGGUGAAGUGUCCACAUAUUUGGUAUCUCGUGUUUAGUCACGGAGUCCGGGAUCGAGUGGGAGCCUGUGGGUAGCUGGACUCUGCUUGUAUCCAUGUGAGUGUCGAUUUAGAAAGUCAUGUACCCCGGGAGCUCUAGUUGCUUGCAACCGCUCGGCUCGGCAAUCAGGCCCUGCCCCCUCGAUUUGACACUGUCGCACAUAGAAGGCUUAUCAAUAAACUGCAAUAUUUAAGUUUGGAUUCCAAUAUUGUUGAAUGGGUAAGGCAGUGGCUGAGUGACAGGCAACAGAGGGUUGUAGUCAAUGGAGUAUAUUCAAAGCAAGGUCUAGUUACCAGUGGGGUAUCUCAGGGAUCUAUACUUGGACCCAAUCUCUUUAAUAUUUUUUAUUAGUGAUAUUGCAGAAGGUCUUGAUGGUAAGGUAUGUCUUUUUGCUGAUGAUACUAAGAUAUGUAACAGGGUUGAUGUUCCAGGAGGGAUAAGCCAAAUGGCAAGUGAUUUAGAAAACUAGAACAAUGGUCAGAGCUGUAGCAGCUGACAUUUACGUGCAAGAUAAUGCAUCUUGGACGUAAAAACCCAAAUGUAAAGUACAGAAUAUUUGAUAGAGUCCUAACCUAAACAUCUGAGGAAAGGGAUUUAGGGGUGAUUAUUUCUGAUGACUUAAAGGUAGACAAACAGUGUAAUAGAGCAGCAGGGAAUGCUCGCAGAAUGGUUGGUUGUAUAGGGAGAGGUAUUGGCAGUAGAAAGAUGGAAGUGCUCAUGCCAUUGUACAGAACACUGGUGAGACCUCACUUGGAGUAUUGUACGCAGUACUGGAGACCAUAUCUCCAGAGGGAUAUUGAUACUUUAGAGAGAGUUCAGAAAAGGGCUACUAAACUGGUUCAUCAAGUGCAAGAUAAAACUUACAAGGAAAGCUUAAAGGGACACUAUAGUCACCUAAACAACUUUAGCUCAAUGAAGCAGUUAUUGUGUGUAGAUCAUGACUCUCAGGUUUCACUGCUCAAUUCUCUGCCAUUUAGGAGUUAAAACACUUUGUUUCUGUUUAUGCAGCCCUUGAAACACCUAAAUUAAUAGAAACAUUUAAAUACAUAAAGGGAAUCAACACCGUAAAGGAGGAGACUAUAUUUAAAAGAAGAAAAACUACCACAACAAGAGGACAUAGUCUUAAAUUAGAGGGACAAAGGUUUAAAAAAUACUAUCAGGAAGUAUUACUUGACUGAGAGGGUAGUGGAUGCAUGGACUAGCCUUCCAGCUGAAGUGGUAGAGCUUAACACAGUGAGGGAGUUUAAGCAUUUGUGGGAUAGGCAUAAGGCUAUCCUCGCUAUAAGAUAAGGCCAGCGACUAAUGAGAGUAUUUAGAAAAAUGGUCAGACUAGAUGGGUUGAAUGAUUCUUAUCUGCCGUGACAUUCUAUGUUUCUAAUUUAGCUGUGGGGGGCCAAACCACUAAAGAGUGGAUUGUUAGGAAUAGGAUACAUUUUAGAUAGAAACAAAAGAAUGAGAACUCUGAGAAUGGACAAGAGCUUAUCCCUGCUCAGGUCUCAGAAUAGUUUUUGCUCACUUGUGCCAUUACAGAGAUAACAUAUCUGAAGCAUAUGAGACUGGUCCCACCCAGCCAGGCAGUCCAGAACCGAAAUGCUGAGAUGCAGCAACCCCAGACGAUCGUUUCGGCCUUCUUUGAGCCUCGUCAGUGAGGUGUAGCUGUUACCCCUCUAGGCACAGUGAACAUGGGGCUCAUGUCUGGAUUACCCUUUUAUCUUGGGGUAGAGCAGAGUUAAUGCUUUGCAACAAAAACAAAGAAUCUGAGAAUGGACAAAAGCUUACAGAAACUCUGUAGCUUGCCCUACUUAAAUCCCCGCUUAGGUCUCAGAAUAGUUUUUGCUCACUUGUUUCAUUACAGAGUGAACAUAUUCCAAAGCGUAUCAGACUGAUAAGAAGGAAGAAGCGAUCGUCUGGGGUUGUUGUAUCUUUCGUGCAGCAGUGAACUUGCUGGCAUUUUGGUUCUAGAAUGCCCUUAAAGGACCACUAUAGUGCCAGGAAAACAUACUCGUUUUCCUGGCACUAUAGUGCCCUGAGGGUGCCCCCACCCUCAGGGACCUCCUCCCGCCCGGCUCUGGAAGGGGGAAAGGGGUUAAAACUUACCUUUUUCCAGCGCUGGGCGGGAGCUCUCCUCCUCCGAUCCUCCUCUUCUCCUCCCCGUCGGCUGAAUGCGCACGCGCAGCAAGAGCUGCGCGCGCAUUCAGCCGGUCACAUAGGAAAGCAUUCAUAAUGUUUUCCUAUGGACGCUGGCGUGCUCUCACUGUGAAAAUCACAGUGAGAAGCACGCAAGCGCCUCUAGUGGCUGUCAAUGAGACAGCCACUAGAGGAAAUAGGGGAAGGCUUAACCCAUUCACAAACAUAGCAGUUUCUCUGAAACUAUGUUAAUGAAAAAAUGGGUUAACCCUAGAAGGACCUGGCACCCAGACCACUUCAUUAAGCUGAAGUGGUCUGGGUGCCUAGAGUGGUCCUUUAAGGAUGGGGUCAGUCUGCUGUGCCAAUGCAGAGAGAUCAUAUUCCGUAGCAUAAACAAAAACUCUGAGCGGGGAUAUAUUUUUUUAUUGUACAGAAUAUAACUGUAAAGCCUGCUGUGCCACAACGACAGAGGCGGUCGUAUGUCAAAGAUAAGAUACAGGUAUAUGGCAGUCAGAUUCUGGCGCUUUUUGUAGAAUUAGAAGAACAUUGUGUCCAUGGUUAUAGACCUCUAUAUGUCAUGUAUAAAAAGUACUGUAGACACAUAAGUAUGUGAACUUACAAGAGGAGGUCUCAGUGAGGAUUUACCGAAGGCCAAGCUACUGAGUUUCUCUAAGCUUUUGUCUGUUCUCAGUUUUCAUAUACUUUGGUUUAAAUGUUAGAGUUAGCACUUGAUGUGAUUACAAAUAGCGCCAAAGUAUAGAGUUACAGUGUCAAAUAGCUCAGCUGGGACGCAAACAAAGAGGCAUGUCUCCAGAUUGGCCCAACUAACUCAACAGUAAUCUGUAAUGGUCUACCUGUAGGGAAUUGCUGCACUUGGUAGAUACAGUACAAUAUAAAUCUCGAGUCUUUGAUUUAGUAGAACAUAUAAUUAAUAAGAAGGCACGCUGUGUCUUUAAAGGACCACUAUAGGCACCCAGACCAUUUCAGCUCAAUGAAGUGGUCUGGGUGCCAUGUCCAACUAGGAUUAACCUGUGGGUUAAUCCAGCCUCUAGUGGGUGUCUCACUGACAGCCGCUAGAGGCCGCUUCCACAAUUCUCACUGUGAAAAUCACAGUGAGAAGACGCUGACGUCUAUAGGAAAGCAUUAAAUGGGAUCGGAAUGUGACGCGCAAGGGUGGGGGAGCGCAGAGCAGACACAUCACACCUCCCUAUAAUAUAAUAUUACACACAUAAAUCACCCACAACAUUAAAACUACUGACAGGUGAAGUGAAUAACGUUAAUUAUAUUGUUACAUUGGUACUUGACAAAGGGUGGGAUAUAUUAAGCAGCAAGUGAACAGUCAAUUCUUGAAUUUCAUGUUUUGAAAGGAGGAAAAAUGUGCAAGCGAAAAUAUCUGAGUGACUUUGACAAAGACCAAAUAGUGAAGGCUAGACAACUGGGUCAGAGCAUCUCCAAAACAACAAGUAUAGUGGGAUGUUCCUAGCAUGCAGUGCUUAGUACUUGCCAAAAGUGGUACAAGGAAGGACAACAGACAAUCAAGCCUUUAACUUUGUCAUAAACUUAUUUAAUUUAUACAAUAAGACUUCCUAUUGUGAUGUCCAUGGAGUUAAAUGGUGAAGUGAAUGUGCUGUAGAUGAAGAUAAGAUUAUAAACAUCAGAGAUUUAAAACCUACUUUUUCAUAUUGCCAAAAGGCAGUAACACAAAGUAAUAUACAGGCUUGGCGUGCAAGAACUUGAAUCCCUGCACAGAGCUCCGACAUCAACUAUUCAAAUUGUAUGAUGAAUACCAUUGCAGUACACGUGAAAUAUUGUCUUUUAGUCAUCAUUGCCACGGUAAUUUGAUAUUAAACGAUGAAAGUUCCAGUGUGGUAUGAAAUACAUUCAAUGCUUCUAAAUAACAAUUGUUCAGUUAAGUUCUUUGAAGAGUCGUAAUGCAUGAAUUAUGUUCUCUAUGCACAAAGACUUCAAUAUCAACAAAAAUCCUUUCUUAUUGUUAACAAUACACACAGUUUUAUAUUUUAGAGUAAUUCAUGCGUGACAGUCACAGAUUUAAAAAGAACAGCCUUGCUAAAUUUCACUAAAUGACUCUGGGUGCAGCCACUGAGUUCCCCAGCCUGUGCUCUAUCUUAUUGUGCACCGAGACUGGAGGCGGUCGCCAGCGAAGUGGUCUCAGAGAGACCAUCUGGUUGGCGCAGUAUGGCUUCUCCACCCAAAAUAAGUUUCUCUCGUGUCCCACUUUUGGUAACACCAGGGAAAUAUCUCCUAUAAGCAUGGCCUGUGCAUCAUUAAAGGGAUACUAUAGUCACCAGAACUGCAGCUUAAUGUAGUUGUUCAGGUGUCUACUGCCCUACUUCAGAGAAAAAGCAGUAUUUACAUUACUGCCUAGGAACACCUCUAGUGACAACUUAGACAAUCACUAGAGGUACUUCCUGGGUUAGUGCUGCCCAGUGCACAGCACUAACGUUCAGCAUUUUGCCACACAUGCACUAUAGAUUGGCUGGCUGAAAUCGUCAAAUUUGGCCAUGUAGGUGAACCGGAGGUGGGGCCAGCCGUGAGGUGAACCGCAGGCCAAUGGAAAACACGUGAGUAAAUCCUCUUUUUAACAGGGUUAAAGGGGGGCCUUGGACCUAAACCGUUAUUUUAAACCUAAAGUGUCAGUCAUACAUGUUUGCAUCCUGACACUAUAGUGUUCCUUUAAGCUUGUUCAUAUUAAACAGACUGACUCAGGGCAUUUUGCCCGUGCAACAUUGAUUCAGCUCUGCUCAUGGACUGGCUAUAACACACAUCUGACUGGCAUGUCCACUUUAGGAGAGAUUUGCACUACCUUGUCUCCAGUGACACUAACUGCAUCACGAGCAUACCUUUAAUUGCACUCACACAAUCUCCCACAUUCAGUAGCAUGUGAACUCUGUAAUAAAUUAGUGUAAUGAACUAAUUUGUUUACUUUUUUUUAAAAAGUAUUAAUAGCUCUAUAGUAUGAUAAAAUCUCCAACUCCAUACUUCAAAAUCGUCUGCUUGUGGGGGGCAUGGCCAGCUGAGCAGACGUCUAUAAACGGCGCUCUGAUGCGACCCCCACAAUAAAUUGACUCAAGCGACACAAAUAUCCAGUCUGAGAAUAAACUACUUGCAGCCCCCAGCAGAUGACACAAUAGCAAGAAUAGAAAGCAACACUGCCCAGAAAACCUUUGUUUACCGGACAUCAAAAAAUCAGUGGAAGAGAGGAAGACAGCCAGAGACGGCCAGCUACAGGAAGCACAGAGCCAAAUCGAAAGGGCUUACCCUGCAGGUACACCAACUAAACCGUGCAGUGGCUACACUGGAGGCCUGCCAUAGACGCCGGAACAGAGGCUGUGGGAGGAGAGGCGCUGCUGCCCUUCGUCCGGGGACUGACCACCUCUAUGGGCAUCAGGGGGUGCAAUGAUCCCCUGCAGAUAAUAUCUGUGUUCCGGAUAAACAGCCGAGAGACGUGGCAGUGAGAACCCCAAUUCUGAAUCGCUUCAGGAUUUUGGGGACAGUCACCUAUGGCAGCUGCAAUGUAUCUAUAUAUGGAGACCUGCCAUUCUCGGUACUGAUUAAGAGGAGGCAGCUAGCCCCCAUCGCCAGGAGCCUGAGACAACAGUCUGUCAAGUACAGAUGGGGAAAAGAGGGUACACUAAUGAUCCCCCAUGGCGAGAAGACACUUAUGCUGUCAUCCACUGAAGACCUGGCAGCGUUUUUGCAAAGACUGGGCCUGCAAACCACACUGCCUACCAGAACCCUGGCUGGGGGAAAAAUUUAGAAAGACGAGGCUCUAAAGGGGACAACCCGCAACUACCUGCUGACUGACUCACCCCGGGCAGCUGCUAACCAGCAGUGACUUCUGCCAGGCAGCAAGGAUUUGCAGUAAGAUCCAAGGCAUUGCUAUCAGUUGAUAGCCAUACUUGGCCUUUCAGAAGCGAGACAGUGAUGCACUCUGGCACAAUCUUUAUUUCAUGCUUUUACAUAGGCACCUAUAUUUUGUUAUUCAAGCCCCAGUCCGUUUAAUAAUCGUCUAAGAUGUAUAUUGUAUGUACCAACUUUAAUAAAACAAAUAAAUAAUACAAAUACAAGCAGAUGAUUUGUUUUAUUUAUUUGCCUCUACUUUAUCCCAGGUGUUUUGUGUUCUCUGCUUGAAAAGCAGGAAGACUGAGAUCUCUGAAACAUGUAGUGUGUAGAAUAAAUGACAUAGAAUCUAAUUUGCAAGACAAAUUUCCCCAGUACUGAACACCCUUCCUGCUUAAUGUACUAGCCUUUCUUUGUAUAAAACCCAGUAUUGGAUUUCUACCCUGUGGAACUUUAUUUAGAUUUUCUGCAAAGCUAAGAUAUAUUGUGGUCUUUUUUCCUGCAGAUUGUUAGAAUUUGGUGAAAGAUGAGUCUCCAGUGGACCGCCGUGGCAACCUUUCUUUACGUUGAGGUGUUUCUUGUUUUGCUGCUGUGUAUUCCUUUCAUUUCACCAACAAGGUAUUUUUCUUUGUGCACUAUAUUCAACUGCGUGCAUGGGUCCUUUACAGUAAAUGUAAUGUUUUAAAAUAUAUAUAUUUAAAAAUGUUUUAGGACAGAGGUGCCCAAAAGGUAGAUCCUCAGAUGUUGUAGAACUAAAACUGCCAUGAUGCUUUUCGUGCAUUUAGAAUGACAGAGUAUCAUGGAAGCUGUAGUUUUUAAACAUCUGGGGAUCUACAUUUUGGCCACCUCUGUAUUAGGGGUUUAAGUGUGAUGUAAUGUAUCCAUAGCAAUGGUACUUUGUGUUUUAGGGUUUUUAUUUUUUAUUUUUUUUUGUGCAUUCGAAAGCUCCCUGUGGCACCUGCAACCAACAGCUUACAUGUUAAACCAAAUUCACUGCUCGGGCGUUGACUGUCUUUAACCUCAUCCAGCCCCGGUAUUGCGGCGAUGCCCAUGCAAUACAAUUUGCUGUCUCACAGUUUAGUGGGAUCGAAUGUAGGCAAGCAAAUCAUGCACUGCAACUGCCCAUUGAUAAUGUGGUGUCAGCACUUAUGUAAAAAUAAAUCAGCAGAACCCGUCAAAUGCCUUACAGGUUUCAUGUUUAGAAAUAUUUAAUUAUAGGGAUUGGCACGGCUCUGCUAACUCACCCACGCUGCCAUGUGACUGCUUGGGCUGAACAUUUUCUCUGUGCGUUUGAUACUUGUGAGCAAACCUCGGUACGACAUUGAAUUGUAAACACCAAAUCAUGCGAAAUUCGGUGCGCAAUAACUGCAAGAAUUAUUGCUCAGUUUGUGUAAAUAUUUCUAUUUGUAGAGAGAGAGAGAAAAGGUGUUACAAUAUAUAUUGAAUUGCUUUUCGCAAAUUUUCGCUUAUUUAAAAAAAAAAUUAAAAAAAAUUACAAGCAUUUUGUUUAGUUUUUUGUUAAUUUGUGUUAGAAGCCAUGUUGGGUGAGAUUCUGUUUUCAUAUGACCAGCUCCUAUGCAAGCUAACUUGCCCGCUUCUCCAGUUUCACAGCACCAGGCAGAUUACAACAGAGUCUGACCCAGCAUGGCUGCUCAGCCUGAUUUAAAAGAUAACAUUUUUUUUUUUAAAUAAAAAUGCAUUAUCUAAAAAUAUUAAGUUUUCUAAAAUGAAAAGCUUUUCAAGAGCAAGAAGUGAAACUUGAAUGACCGUUAUCCUUCAAGGGGUUACUCCAACCACCAUGAUAACUUCUGAUUUUUAAAGUGGUCACGGUGAUAGGAGUCUGAAUGUGCAGCGUUUUAUCUUGAAACACUUCACAAUCAGUGUAAUUGCCAACUGUGUGUGAUGGGGGCUAGUUGCACCACCCACACAUUAGUUAGGCAGCGUGGAACUCUGCUCAGGACAGGCUAAUCUAAAUUUUGUGCAUAUUUUUACGUUUGUCAUCAAUGUGCCCUGCACGCUGCCGACAGACAUAAGGGAAACUCUUGCCUCCUCUCCCUCCAUUCAACUCUGAAAGCAGCCUUCUCUCAUUCCUAUCCACUCAACUGUUUUUUUUUUUUUUUCCCCUCCGCUCUCCUUACUACUUCCUCCCUCCCUCUCUUUUCUCCUCCCUUUGCUGGCUCAGAGUGUAUGCACGUGCUCUUAUCCCGGUAAAUUGUUCAAUCAAAGGCGGCUCUAUGAGAAGCCUUUGACUGGACCUCGACGCGGAUCCCAUGGUGUCUGUCGGGGGCGUGCUGUGCAGCGCUGGGAGCUUCGCCCACUGCUGUAUAGAGGAAAGUAGAACCUUAUUUAAAAACUCUUUUUGAGUGUUUAUUUUGUGUGGGGACCUAAAGAAUAAUACCAAUAGGGCGUUUUCUAAUUGAAGAUAAAAACAAAAAGGUUUAAGAAAUUCCUAAAUUAAAUGCCGGCAGCGUAUUUGCAGAAAUAUGUUGCUGGACACUUUCUUAGUUUCUCAUUUUUUAAAGUUGCGCAAGCAGGAUCAUUUCUAACAUUGGGCGUGUAAGACAGAUGUUUUGAACAGUUUUCUCUCAGCGGUGACAUAAUCUAGGAUAAAGGUUGUAUGAGCCCAGACUAAUGCAACACUGCAAGAGUCAAAGGGAAAAAAAUCUUGCACAAUUAAUAUAUUGGAAUGUGUCAUGAGAAGGACAAGGACUCGAGUCAGCAAAAUGAGAUGAGGGAUUAACUCUAUUGAAAACGUUUUCAUUUUUUACUUUAACAAUUUAGUAGAUAUAUCCCAAAGAAAAUAUGCAUGUAUCUUUUUCCUUCAUGUUUUCUUCAGGGGUAUAGACCUCAGCCUUUUCCCGUUCUCAUUGAGAAGCCUCUGCCUUUGCAGUGAGCACAUGGGUUGGUAAUUGCAGCUUUCCUACGCUUCUCAAUAAGCUGUAGUACAUCUCAUUAAGAAUCUCUGUCUGAGUGGGAGCCAGGCAAAUAUUUUUGCCCCCAAUUAUUAAAUUGCAGAUUUUUAUAAACCGUCACAAAUAUGACAGUUUAUGUGUGCACAGAAUAGUUCUUUAACCCCUUAAGGACACAACUUCUGGAAUAAAAAGGAAUCAUGAUGGAAUAUUUCCGUCAUGUCCUUAAGGGGUUAAAAGACCAGUAAAGGCACCCAGAUCACUUCAUUUCAUUGCAAGUGGUCUGGUUUCAGUGGCCUUUUUUGUUUUAAUGCAAAGUAAAGCAUUACAAUAUUGUAGAAAGUGGAGCGUUUCCGCUGCAGGGUUAAACACACCUCUAAUGGCUGACUUCCUGACAGGCGCUAGAAGCGCUUCCCCUUUAGCACCCGAGUCAGACUCUGUUCUAAAUCAAAAGCUGCUCUUAGAGAGUAUUUGAUUGGUGCUGUGAUUUGCCUGACCUACGCACUAAUCUUGGAUUGGCUAAAAUCAUGAAUCUUGAUGUUCUUAACCUGGGAAGGCGGAGUGGCCACGCCGAGUCCAGCACAACAAGGGAGUAAAGUUAAGUAAACUCACCUUUCAAACCCCUUUUGGGGGAAGGGGGACACACCUAAAUAAGUAGGGGAACUCUAUAAUGUUAAGAAUACAUCUUUGCAUUCUAGACUCCAUGGUGUUCCUUCAAGUGUGAAGGAACAGAUACAUCUUUACUGGCUGCAAUAGGCUUCCCGAGUUAGGUGCAAGAGGUAAAUGAUUCAUGCAUAAAAGUGAUAUCACCUUUUUAUCGUAACAAUCUUUGUAUCUGUCAAGCUCUUUGGGUUGUGAAAUCAGUGUGGGAUGUGAGCAUGGUUUUAUAGAGGAGAUAGAGAACUAAAUGUGAAGAUGGUGUGGAGUUUUUAUAAAAAGAAAGUAUAAGAGAGUGUAGGGAUGGUCUAUUUGGCUACAUCCGAAGUGCCAAUUUAAAGCUGCAGAACUGCUACUAUACAAUUUAAAGGGGCAGCAAGAGUCUUUUAAAAUCCAAAUUGCUAAAAUAAUCUUUAACAGGCAAUAUCUUCCAGGGGCCAUAGUCUUAAAGGGGCAUUGUUCACAAAAGUCACAAUGUUCCCACAGACGAUUCUUAAAGGGCCAGACACAGUUCAAUAAAAGUCCAUAAGCCCAAACGCUGGUUUAAAAGGGUACAAUCUCCCAGGGGCCAUAGUCGCAGGGGAGGAGGCUGGCAAGCAAGCCUCUCCAGGACCAAGUGGCGAAGGGCACUUCGUCACAACAUUUUACUAACAUUAAUUUCUGUCCAUAACAGUAGUAGUAGCAAGGAGUAGGCAUUUGGGAGUUGGUAUUUAGAAAAACGUGAGGGAUAAAUAAAGCCAUUGGAGAUGGGGCAUAAUGUAGAGAAAAACAGGUGGAGGAAGUUACUUUUAGUUGAGAGUUUGUGACAGAUGAGAAAAGGUUACACUGCGACAUUUGUAGCUAUAUAGGGAUUGAUCAUAUCUAGAUAUGCCAGUGAGCUAGAUCAUUAGAUGAUGGAUCAAAUAUGCAACAACUUUGCAAGCCUCGUGGGGUCUUUAGUUCUAUUCUGGGCUGAGUCAAGUUGAAUAUUCAUGUUUCUGAUAUUGGUAAUCAAUUUCAUUAAAGGACCACUAACCAUCUCAAUAAAGUGGUCUGAGUUUUGACCCAGCAAUGGUACAGAAAUGCUAGUGACUGUCGAAGGCACGAGAGGGGGCAGCUGCCACAAGGUGCCUGUCUGAUUAGGUACCCUGGUUCUUAAGCCAGUGCCGUCCUGAGAGAGUUGCUCAUUUGCACCCAAUAGGAUAGUAGACCAUAUACUGAGCCCACUGGAAUACCAGUGAACAAACUUUUAUUCUUAUUACUGUUAUAAUUAUAAAAUAAAAAAAAUUCUCUGCCAGGAACCUGCAAUCUGUCAGGGGCAUGGAACUAGUCUGGGGGACAGAAAUAAUGGACUUGCCCCCAGACAUCUCAUGACCUCGCUAUGCCUAUGGUGGCUAUCUUCUGGCUAGCCACUAGAGACGCUUCCAUUGUGAGAACAGAUUCAAACUCCGUUCUUGCAGCUAACUUCUAUUCCACUGGAGGAGCACAGUGCUGCAUGCCCAUUUUUUUGUCCCCAAUGCAAUGAAAGAAGGGUCGGCAUGCUGCACAUACGGCUAUUGCCAAAGUGGAACAUCUGCAUUAGGAAUAUCAAAUAUCGACAUUUAAAUCUAUUCAUUGGCUAAGUGGGUCAGUUGACUUGAACUGGGGACAGCGCCUGCAGCUUAAUGACACUAUAACUACUACAGUGCCAUGUAGCGAUUAUGGUGCCUAGUCCUUUAUAUCAGACCACUAGUAGUAGUCACAUAAUAUUCAGAAUGGUACAUGUGCAUGUCUGUUUUGUCAACCUCUAUUGACUGGUAGUAUAAGCAAUUUACUAUAGUAUCACCCAUACAUUAAAGCAUUGGGAAUAAAAAACUUUGUCUCUUUCCCUAUGUAUAUUCAGUUUCCCUGGUUUGCCUGAAAAAUAAAGAAAAUGUAUUUAUUUACCCUUUCAAGCUCUGAGGCUUCUUCUGCGCCCCCUAGCUCUCCGCUCCCUGCGAUGUCAUAGAGGAGGCAUGGCCUAGUCUAUGAUGGUCCAACCCAAUGCUCCUCAUAAGAGACAUGAUGGACAUGAUGCGCAUGCAUGGCGUUGAAUCUAUGGAGGCUUCUACGUCUAAUGACCAAGUUUUACUCUGUCAGUAUAACAGACACUAGAGGUGAACUUAACCCUGCAAUGUCAACAUUGGAGUUUCUAAAUAAAUCUGCAUUGUUUAUAUUGCAGGAUUUAAAGGACAAAGCCACUGCAUCCUUACCACUUCAUUAAGAUUAAGUGGAUUGGUUGCUUUUAGUGCUCUUUUAAAGCGGUUCUAUCACUUUUUUAAAUUGUAUUUUUUCUUUAUAUAAACUAGGGGGGUUUGUGAGCCAGUACCCUCCGAGGCAGUCGGCUACACAUUCUGUAUGCUGACGGCGAGGGAGCUGUGAUCUCCUUGCUCUGCUUCCUUGCGACCUGCAUAGUGAUGCCGGACCCGGAAUAUGACGUCACUCUGGCCCGACUUCACUCCGACCCCGACGUCACUAAGCGACAAUGUAUACUUUUUUCUGAAAAGGCUGUGUUUACUUCGAAAAGCAUGCAUGUACCGGCUAUACACACCAGAACCACUACACUAAAGGAUCACUAUAGAGUCAGGAACACAAACAUGUAUUCCUGACCCUGUUGUGUUAAAACCACCAUCUAGCCCUCCUGGGCCCCUCAUGCCUUCAUAAAUAUAGCAAAAUCUUACUGUAUUCAAGCCUGAAGCUUUAGAUCUGCAGUCUACUGACAUCAUCAGAAGUGGUGGCCUGAUGCAAUCACAGUGCUUCCCCAUAGGAUUGGCUGAGACUGACAAGGAGGCAGAUCACGGGAAGAGCCAGCAUGAUUCAAACACAGCCCUGGCCAAUCAGCAUCUCCUCAUAGAGAUUAAUUUAAUCACUGAAUCUCUAUGAGGAAAGUUCAGUGUCUGCAUGCAGAGGGAGGAGACACUGAAUGUUUGGAUGCAUUUUAGGCUGCCAUGACCCAGGAAGGAUCUCUAACAGCCAUCUAAAGGAGUGGCCAGUGAAGUUAUCACUAGGCUGUAAUGUAAACACUGCAUUUUCUCUGAAAAGACCGUGCUUACAGCAAAAGGCCUGAAGGUAAUGGUUCUACUCACCAGAACAAAUUCAAUAAGCUGUAGUUGUUCUGGUGACUAUAGUGUCCCUUUAAGCUGUAGUGGUCCUAAUGACUAUAGUGUCUCUUUAAGAAUUUUAUUUUUUUGUCGUUGAAAAUAAAACUUUGUAAGUUUAAAAAACCUGGCUCCUUACUUUUUUAGCUUUCUCCAUGAUUUAAAGCAAGUUUGUCAAGCCAUGAUAUAAACAUUUUGGUUGGGGCUGGGGUUAACAAAGUGAUCCCUGAACUUGGAGCCAAUAGACCAACAUAGUGAUGGAGCCACUUUAAGGUUUAUUAUCUAGAUCAGCACUUCUCUGUCAGCAUUCACAGUUGAAUUCAUCUUACUUUUCAAUGUCUGCCGCCUAACUUAGGUCUCUUCCAAAAUACUUAUGUACCAAUUAUGUAGGUUAUAUUAUUAUUUACUACGUUUGUGUGCCAUCUCCAAGGUAUUGGUGGAAAAUAACCCUCUGUCUUACAGUUUAUGAAAUCUGUUACUGCCUCUUGAAAGCGGUGGAGCUUGUUCAGUAGACACAGAAUAUAAAGGUAACACUUGGUGACCUUUCUCAAAGCACCUUGCUGCUGAUCUUGCAGAAGGGUUUGCCAUGCUACACAUCCACCGAUAUUUGGAUUGUUAGCGAUGACUGUGUCUUGAUCAAAAUGUUCAGUUUUAGUUGUAUGGCAUUUGUAAAACCUGAUGUGUGAUGAAUGGAAUUUCUUUGGUAGGAUGGGAUCAUUAGCCAAAAUUAUCCACUUUCAUUUCAAGGGGUUGGUUUUCUCUUUUAUUCUUUUUUUUUUUUUUUUUUUUUUUUUUUUUUUUUUUUUUAUGUGUUGUCUCAGUGGAUUUUUUUGCCUUAAAUAACCUCCUAUAUCCACAUGCAGGCUUCCUAUGAGAUAUGUUCACAUAAUAUUUGGAGGAACUAAGGAGCAAUCAUCCUCAGAUGGCAAGAUAAUAAAUGCUGCUUCUAUCUAUUUCCCUACACAGGUGGCAAAAGAUCUUCAAAUCUCGCCUGGUACAGUUAGUAGUGGCAUAUGGGAAUACGUUCUUUGUGGUCCUGAUAGUCAUCCUCGUUCUUUUACUAUUGGGUAAGUAUGUAAAAAAAAAUAUAUAUUUUUAAUUUGUAUUUGAGAUUGUUUGUUUGUUUUUUAAUCCUGGUCAUAAAAAUAUUAAUUAAAUUAGUUAUCCAUAUUCUGCGUUCCUGGAUUUAUUUUGUUUUAUUAUGUUUAUAUAUUUUUCAUUUUUUUGCAUUUUGAUUAAUAAAAGUACAGUGACAUUAAAACAUUCUUCUGACAAGGAACAGACACAGCAUUCUAUGUCUCUUUUCCCAUAAUCCUCUGGCAUAAUAUGAAUAACAGCUACUUUUUAUGUGCUGCAUUCAAAAGGCUCUUAUCUCAAACAUGACAGAUCCGCUUUAAUGCAGCUUAUUAGCAGAACAAGGCCAAAAGCUUGUAUUACACAUUCUCCUGUAAAAUACAACAAUCUCUUCUGGCUCACACAGGACUGAUUAAAAUCUCCAUGUUGGAAUGGACAGUGCAUUUUGAGAGCUCUGCUUGGCUCAGAUUAAAUUAUUCUGAACUCUUAAACCUAAAAAUCAUUACAGGACUUGAAACCCAAAAAGCACCAGCUGUGUAGGAAUGCUGUUAAGCACAGUACAUUUAAUCAUUCUGAGUGCUGUGUGCUAUUGUUAUAAUGGGCUGAAAUGUGAAAAUCCUCUUCCCCUUACUUGUGAUAGAGCUGUGCUCAACAUUUUAAAGGAAUGCUAUAGGGUCAGUAACAUGUAUUCCUGACCCUAUAGUUUUAAAAUCCCCAUUUGCCACCCCCACCUAAAUAUAGUAAAAUCUCACUUGUAUUCAAGUCUGCAGCUGCUGCCUCUGCCCCUGUCUGCUGACACUUACCGUAUAUACUAGUGUAUAAGUCGAGAAAUUUUAGUCUUAAACUUCAUUUUAAAAUACAGAGUUGACUAAUCCACGGGUCAGUGCUAGUUUCAAUAGAAUUUUGUACAGCGUUUGGGAGUCGAAUGUGGGGCAAAGUCGACUCCCGAACGCCAUUCUCCUAGCUGGUCGGAAGUCGAACAGGCAGAGGUACAAGUUUCAGCAGAGUUCGCGGGCUUGUGUAGCCGACUCAGAGAUCCAUGCCGUUGAUGACCAUGUACCGCUGCCUGCGUUCGGGAGACAACACUUGCAUUUGUAUAUACGAAUACGUAUUCUCGACUUAUCCAUGAGUCAUAGCAUAUUUCACAGUUGUUGGUCAAAAAACUGCACUCGACUUAUACACGAGAUCUACUUAUAGACGAGUAUAUACGGUAAGAAGUGGUGGUCUGAGCCAAUCAAGGAGGCAGAUCAGGGGCAGAGCCAGCAUAAGUCAUGCAGCCUGACUAAUUGGCAUCUCCUCAUAGAAAUUAAUUGAAUCAACGCAUCUCUAUGAGGAAAGUUUAGUGUCUCCAUGCAGAGGGUGGAGACACUGAAUGGCAGUCACACUGUGCAGCACUGCCCCAGGAAGCACCUCUAGCAGCCAUCUGAGGAGUGGCCACUGGGCUGUAAUGUAAAUACUGCAUUUUCUCUGAAAAGACAGUGUUUACAGCAAAAAGCCUGAAGGGAAUGAUUAUACUCAGCAGAACUAAUACAAUAAGCUGUAGUUGUUAGAGUGACUAUUGUGUCCCUUUAAGUCCUGUGCUACCAGUCAGACUUCAAAUAUACUUGCCACUAUACAAAUCCUAAUACUACUUGACACCUGGAAAUAGGCAGGGCAACCACAUGCAAUGUACCGAUCCUUUUAUUUGGCCUUUGAUUUAAAUGUUAUUCACAGUGAGGUUUUGGGAUCAGUACAUUAACACACAUUUAUUUUGAAAAUGUUCCUGUUCAUCUACUGUAUAACGAAGAGAGAAACUUUCCUGUGAUCUCUCUUCUUUAUAUACGUCAACCAAAUCUCAGAGGUACUACAGGCUCUACCAAGCUUUGUCUUAUCUGGCCGAUAUCCGCCUUGUAGCCACUGUUAAGGUGCGGCAUUUAAAUACAGACGAAGAUCCUCAGAGUGUGGAGGGUCCAUGACCUAUGUGCCAGGACUGGAUUUCCAUUCAGCACUGUCCACAGUGGACGGGUGGAAUUUUUUGAGCCCUGGUACAGGAGCAAAGAAAAAUGGAUAUAGCCUUGCUGUUAUUGAAAGCUGCCAUGCUUUCGUUUUGACUCUUUAUUUUCGCUUUGGUGAAUGUCCUGUUCCACUUUCCGUUUUAGAUGCUCUACGUGAAAUCCAGAAGUAUGGAGUCGGUGAGCAAGUGGAUCUCAAGAAUAAUCCAGUUGCUGUCGAGCACAUCCACAUGAAACUGUUUCGAGCUCAGCGCAAUCUGUACAUUGCAGGGUUUUCCCUGCUGCUGUCCUUGUAAGUAACAGAAUGAUUGACUUGCCGAAAACACUCCAUGAUGGAAUUUAACCACUGUUCAAAUCAAUAUACAUGUUACUGGGGAUAUCCUCUACAUAAGGCUUUUAUGUAUGUCCUAUUCAUGUAGCUUUUUUGUCAGUAUAUAACUUAUAACACAUGAUUGAUCCUUUUUUUCCCCCCAUUCUUGUUUAUAAUUAGAAAGUAGUGAAUUGCCAGGAAGGAAUUUUCUUGAAAUUUUAUGGUGGCCUCUAAGUGCAUGUGUUUAUUUUGUAUAUAUGAAUUUUUGGGUAUGGGGAGUACUCCUAGGUGACAUUCAUUAAGAAUACAUAAAUCUUUUACUAGUGUUUACCUAGUUACUUAACGUCUUGCUAGUUUCCAAAGAUGUCCUGAAAUCUAGGUUUUAUUAACCAACUUUGUGGAUCUCAUUUAUCAAUCCCAGAAGAACUAAUGGCUGACUGUACUCAUUGACUAAUAUACUAGACUUGAAUGAGUAAACCACAGACUAAGAAUUCUGUCUGUUUCUUUCCUUGCCAUUGUCUAGAUUUUAAUUGUCUGUACUGUUUAUUGUACUGUAGCAGUUUAUUUUCUUCUAAUGGUUGUUUGAAUGUGAAUGGCUUUGAAUAGUAAUAAAAAUCCCUUUUCUGGAUAUUCUGUCUGCACAUGGGGGCAGUAUUUUUGCUUUUUUUUGUUUUGUUUAUCUAAGUAGUCAUUUAUGCUAUGCUGCAUAUUGAUAUAUACACUACUUUUUUGACCACUCCUUUCUUUUGAUCUUCUUAAUCUUUCUAUGCUAAACUUUGUUCUCUCUUCUGCCAAAAUGAUAUUUGGUAUUUAAAAAUAAAAUAAAAAGGGAACAUACAUUUAAUUGAUUGAUGUUCAUCAGUUGAGGUGCGCACCAUACUAGAGAUGAGGAAGGAACCUGGCUUUUCUUGACCUCUAGCAACUUUCAGAUGAUGUCCAUUCUGAACUCUCGACCAUCCUUACCUUCUCCUGUCCCUUACUUGCUAUCUCCUUGUAUAACGCUACCCUCACCUCUGCCCUGGACGCUGCAGCCCCAGCCUCAAACAUGCACCUCAAGGAGGGUAUGCCGCCAACAGUGUCACACUAAAUCGCCACCCUUAUAUGUGAGAUGCUCCUGUUCAGCUGAACGAUGUUGGAGGAAGUCUUGCAUCUUGUCAGACCUUCUCCAUUACAAAUUCAUCUUGCGUUCAUACAGUGCAGUCCCAGGCGUCUUUGAUAUCUUCAGCUCUCUCCAUCGCCCUGCUGCGGCCACCCACCAAAAUAAUCUUUCAGCCGAUAGCUUUGCUUUUUACUGACAAGAUAAAACGGUUAAAGGGCCACUAUAGUGACAGGAAAACAAACUUGUUUUCCUGGCACUGUAGGGUCUUUAGAUCCCGCUCUGCUGAAGGGGUUAAACACUUAUCUUUCUCCAGCGCCAGGCUCCCUCAGCGCUGGGCAAAUCCCCUCCCUCUUCCGACGUGAGCGCUGAAUGCAAGAGCCGCGCACGCAUUCAAUCAGUCCAUAGGAAAGCAUUUCUCAAUGCUUUUCUAUGGACAUCACUAGAGGCUGGAUUAACCCUAAUGUUAACCCUAGAUGGACCUGGCACCCAGACCACUUCAUUGAGCUGAAGUGGUCUGGGUGCCUAUAGCGGUCCUCCUUUUCGCCUCUCUCUCAACUGUACUUGGACCGUACCUUCCGUACCCUUCAGACCUCUCCUCGGCUACUGAACAGGAGGUGGUUGUGCUUCUCCUUUCCUCUUGCCUCAACUGCUCACUUUUUCUGGUGUUGUCCCUGCUCCCCUUAAACAUGCUACUGUUGUACCCAUCCUAAAAAAAGCAAUUUCUUGACUAGUCUUCUCCUUCCAACUAUUGUUCUAUAUCCCUGCUCUCUUUUUUUUAUCAAACCUUCUAGAAAGACUUGUCUUUACCCAUUUAAUUUGUUUGCUCAAUUACAACUCUCUCCUCGAUCCUUUUCAGUAUGGCUUUUGCCCACUUCACUCUGAGACUGCUCUGAUUAAAGUUACAAAUGAUCUAAUCACCGCUAAAUCCAAAGGCCACUACUAGAUACUAAUUUUGCUUGGCCUCUCUGCCGCAUCUGACACUGUUGAUCAUGUCCUCCUUCUCCAGGCUCUUCAAUCCCUUGUUGUCUGUAACUAUGUCCUUUUGUGGUUUUCCUCCUAUCUCUCCCAAAUCUCUCAUUUGGUGUCUCCUUUUCCAAUGACACCUCCUACCCUCGUCCUGGCUCUCUUUAUACUGCCUCUCUUGGCAAACUCAUUAAUUCCUUUGGAUUCCGCUACCAUCUGUACACUGACAUCCAGAUAUAUUUGUCCUCCCCUGAUCACUCCCCUGCUGUCCUAGAACGUGUUACUGAUUGCCUUUCUUCCAUCUCUGACUGGAUGUCCUCUCAAAAACUCAAUCCCUCUAAAACGAAGCUGCUUCUUUUUCCUCUUAAUAAGGAUUCUCCUCUUUCACACUCUGUGCAAGUUUAUGGUACCUGCAUCAGCCUGUUUUUGCAAGCUCACUGUAUUGGUGUUCUCUUUGAGCCUCCUAUUUUGUCUGUUGCUAAAAGCUCUCUAUUCCAAUUUAAAAUAUUGCCUUCAUCUGCCUUUCUUAAGCAAGAUGCUGCCAAGGAGCUUGUUCAUGCUCUAGCAAUUUCUCGCAUGGAUUUCUGUAAUUCUCCCGUAAUUGGUCUCCCCAGAAGCCGUCCUGCCAGUCUAUAAUCUGUAAUGUAUGCCGCCACUAGUCUGCCCUUUCUCUCCCAUUGUUCAUCUCACACCUUGCCCCUCUGUUUAUCUUUGCAUUGGUUUCCUGUAUCUUAUUGGAGUCAAAUCCAAAUACGAACUCUUACCCAUAAAGCUUGAAAGGGACAGCUUAAUGUAGUUGUUCUGGUGAGUAUAAUAGUUCCCUUCAGGCUUUUUUCAUGCAAACACUGCCUUUUCAAAGAAAAGGCAGUGUUUACAUUGCCUCUAGGGACACUUCCAAAUGGCCACUCCUUAGAUGGCCACUGGAGGGGCUUCCUGGCUCAGGGCUGCCGAAAAAGCAGCCCUGAUGUUCAGCGUCCUCACCCUCUGCAUGGAGAUGCUGAAUUUUCCUCAUAGAGAUGCAUUGAUUCAAUGCAUCUCUAUGAGAAAGUCCUGAUUGGCCAAAACAGCAUUUGGCCCUGCCUGUCACGUAUUCAUCUGCUUAUAGAAAAGUGGUUAAUGACAUUUACUGUCCACACAGGAAAAGUUGUGCCGAGCAGCAACCUAAUCCACAGAAGGGUUAAUGCUGAGCAGCAAUUAUGCAAAUGAAACCUGGUAACUGACUUUGGGGUCAAAGGCCGGUUACAGCCUAUCAGAACUAAAGGAGGGGUAUUUAGGCCCAGUUCUCAGCCUGCUCAGUGCCCUGUCGUGGUUUCCCUUGUGGUUGUCCGAGAGCGCGUUCCUGUUUAGUUUUCUACCUGGUUUUUGACUUUGGCUUUGUUUAUUGACUUCUCUAUAUUCUGGUAUCCUGACUCCUGGCUUUCCUCAUCGCUGUGUCCCUUUCUGUGUUCCCUGACCUCGGCUAGUAUUUUUGACUAUUCUUUGUACGUUAAACCCAGCCAUUCUAAGGACCGGUAAUACGUUACUUAUUUGUCAUCCGUGCUGUACAGUUCUACGUGCUGGAUCAAACAGUAAUCCUGACACUGCCCUCGUGCCUUUGAUUGUCAAAAGGGGGGUAGAGCCAGUGCCAGCGGAGCCAGCGCCGGCUGUCCCGCGCAGCACUGGAAAGAAGGUGAGUUUUAAACUUUUAUAAGGGGGCUCAACACUAUAGAGUCAGGAAUACAUAUUUGUGUUCCUGACCCUAUAGUGUUCCUUUAAACAAUUCUAGCCUUUUCUAUUUCUUUACUGAUUCGUGGUAUGCCUCUUCUCGGUCUCUCCACUCUGCCGGGGACCUUCUCCUGUCCGCUGCUCGCACCCUUACUUCUAAUUUGGGCUUGCAGGACUUCUCGCGAAUGGCUCCUUUCCUUUGCCUGCCUGCCCACCUCCAUCAGACUCUCCCGUAGUCUUCAAUCAUUUAAGAAGUCCCUCAAAACCCAUCUUUUCAGAAAAGCUUAUGGCCUUCCAGCGUGACUUCUGUUUUAAAAACAUGUCACUUGCUCUCUCCUAAAGGGCCACACUCCACUUUCACCUCCAGUUCUGCUACUUUCCCACCUUGUUUGUUUGCGGUCUCGCUCAAUACUCUUCCUGUUGUGUUUUACACCCCACCUCCUGUAGACUGUAAACUCGUUUGAGCAGGGACCUCAUUCACCUCUUUUUCCUGUAACAUUUUGUAAUGGUCUCAUUGUUCAAUUUCCCCUUUUAUAAUAUUGUAAAGCACUGCAGAAUAAAUUGCCGCUAUAUAAAUACCAUUUAUGUAUCAUUUUAUUUUUGAAACAACCCGAUAUCUGCUGAGUUGGGCAGAACCGAGCAGUUUUCUCUUGUUUUCUCAUGUAGGUUGUUAAAUGUUAAUGGCUGUGACCAUUUAGACUUGCUUGAUAAACGCCACUUAUUUCUCUUUCACAAAAGCUCAUAUUUGCAUAUAUACAAUACAUUUAUGUUUAAUUAUGUGGAAAUCAUGCAAUUGGAUCUGGUUACUAUGUGUAUGAAUCUAUUAGAAUUGCCAGUGCUGUGAUGCCCUAGCUUUCUAUUAAGCAACCCUCUUUUAAUGGAGAUAUGUCAGAUUUUACUGUGCUCAUGUCCCCCCACUCUGUUUUUUAUUUGUCAAAGAUGUAUUCAUUGAUUUUGAUUGGGGUUCAUGGCUGGAAUGCCACAUGACUAAUACUGGCUCCCCAAAUCACUUCUGCCACAGCAGCUUUACAUAUAAAUAUCCUAGUGACCUGAGCAGCGAAUAUUUAAAUGUCCCGGUAUUGAUCCCACAAAACAAUCACUAUGGAAACCAGCAGGUACGUUCCGUUGGUAACUCGACUCCUUCUUUAUGCAGGACACUUUUUACACAUAGCCCCCAAUUUUGUUUGGAUCUUGUAAUUUAGAGUUUGAACACUUGGUGGCAGCAACCGAUCACAUUUACAGAAAGCUAUAAGUAAUGUGGGUUAAACUAGUGUGCAGCGUUUGUGCAUAAUAUGUGAUGUAUUUUGCAUGGCCCCAUUGGAUUAAAUGUGGUCUUGCAGUAUACAUUUUUUUUUUAUCAGAGACCAUAUUAAGAAUAGCAUUGAAUCCAUUACACACUUUGGGGUGUUGAACCAUGUCUCUGUCAUUUUAAGCAUCUGUAUUUCAGCAAUGAGAUUUCUUCUACCGAUUUGUAAAAAUUUAAUGAUUUAUUUUGAUCUCAGAAUCAUAUAAUUCCCAAAUGCUUUAUUGAAAUUGUUUAUUGUUUAGAAUAAUGUUCUUCAAAGUACCCUUCAUAUUAAUGGCUAUGCUUCACUUACAUACCUCCCAAGUGUCCCUAUGUCUGGCGAACAGUCCCUUUUUUGGGCCAAAAUCCCUCUUUUCCUCUUUUUUUCGGCGCUCCAUAUUGUUUUUGUCUGAGUGUAUCACAGAGCUCCAUACACUGUAAUUUGUCUUUCAACUACAAUGAAUGUGUUUAGAAAUCAGUCUGUGUAAAUAAGAUACAUUGUUCUUGUUCUAAAUUACAUUUUAGUUGCAUAAAUUAUUAGUUAAGUCACCUAAAAAUUCUCAGAACAGCUCCGACCCUGUCCACAUCCCCACUCACACCCCCCAUAAUUAAAGUGUACAUCUUUGUACAUUUGAAAUGUUGGUGGUUACCGGUAUGUAUUUGCAGUAGCUGCACUUCUGACAUAGGUCAUGCUAAUAAUUAUUAGAUAUGCCAUUUAGCAGUGCGUAAACUGUUUUCAUCACAUCUGCAUACCUGCUAAUCAAGAACAUGCCUUAACCACUUACUCCCAAUACAGCACCGUGCUUUAAUCACAGCCAGGAAACGUGGCAUGCAGCGAGUACAGAAUAUCUUUUGUUCGUGAUAAUCACAUGCCUGCUCACACAGUUUGUACAACAUAACUGUAAAAGGAACAAGUUGGGUUUGCUUGGCACGGGUGCCCAGUUAAUUCCUUCCCAGAGUGGUAUUUGUUUAUCUUUGCAUACUCAAUCUAAAAAUAGUUACAUAACAGAUAAACAAACUAUGCUCCUGGUCAAAACAGUUACAAAACCGUUUUCUCAUGGAUCUUUAACGAUACUAUGUAAGAAGUGGUGGCUGUCAUUGCCUUUUUCAGUGGUUUUCAGCCAGUGUGCCAUGGCUCUCUGGUGUGCCUCAAGCCACCGCAAAGUGUGGAACAAACUCAUAGACUUUACAGUUAAAAGGUUGAAUGCAGUCUUUAACCCCUUAAGGACACAUGACAUGUGUGACAAGUCAUGAUUCCCUUUUAUUCCAGAAGUUUGGUCCUUAAGGGGUUAAAGGGAUGCUAUAGGCACCAAACCCACUUUAGCUUUACUAAACAGUUUUGCUGUAUAGAUCCUCCCCCUGCAGUCUCACUGCUCAAUUCUUUGCUAUUUAGGAGUUAAAUCACUUUGUUUAUGCAGUCCUAGUCACACCUCUCUGCAUGUGACUUAAACAGCCUUCCUAAACACUGCCUGUAAAGAGUCAUCUAAUGUUUAAACUUCCUUUAUUUCACAGUCUGUUUUUAAUUUUUUAAAUUUUUUAAAUAAGCUUCUGAAUUAAAAUUGGGACUCCCAUUUGCCAAUCAAUUAAAGCUGAUAAGUCUGUCUGGAAGUAUGCUUAUAUCUAAUAAGUCUUCUAUUAAAUAUUGCAUUUUUGGAAUUCAAGUCUCUUGUUAAAAAAAAAAGUUUGGGACUGUGUAUCUGGAUGCUCAACCAGCGUAUUUCGCAAACAAUUGCAGAUCAAGGUUAUAUUACUAGAUUUGUUACCAACGCCAGCGUGGAUUUCCUGGUAAUGGAAUUGAAAUAACCUGUAUUGCUGGUUACGUGAGCUGCAAGGUGAUAACAGAACGAUCUGCUUAUUAUGGAUUCUGAGAAAUGUCUGCAGAUGACAGUUUAAAGAUGGAUCGUAUAAUUUGUUAAAAGAAAUUCCUUGAAGGAAAGAAAAUCGAACACCUAGCUGCUUAGAAUUCUGAGAGUGGCCAUCUUCUCACAGCUUCUCCCACUUCUUGGGAUUUUUCUUAUCUGGACGAUUUCCUGUGAUUCUUUUUCUGAGACGGUCCCACAAAUAAGUGACAGAAAUUUACUUUUUUUUUUUAAAACAGUUCUCACUCUGAAUUGUGGAGAAUUCAUUAAAAAAAAUGAAAUAAAAAAAGAUGUUGGUGUAUUUGCAGGAAUACCAACCAUUACACAAGCGGAAUAUGUCUGCCAAGACUUGCAGCAAAGUUCAGCCUGUGCCUUGGUACAAUAAUGAAUUUUCCCUAAAAUACUGACCAAUGGGAAUAAUUAUUUGCAGACGAUCUGUAAUCAAACUUCUCUAUGUCGCUAUAAAUCAAUCUAUUUGGCAUUGAUUUGAGGUUUUUAAUAUGAUUUGUAACUAUUGCAGAAAUGGCUUUAGAACAGCCUUGUCCAGCUUUUUAAUGUAGAGAAUUACAGGUCCAAUUAUUCAGCAACAUGGUACAGGGAGUGUGGCGAUGAGUACCCACAUCCUCCCCAACAUGUAGCUGAAUGUAAUAGGACAUACUUUUGAUUAAGUUAACAGAAAAUAAUAGAAAUAACUUAAUGAUCCUGUUUUUAGUCAUAUAAACACUUUUAUUUAUCUUUUUUUUUUUUUUUUAAAUUCAUCAGUAAUAAUUGAUGAUGAAUCCUCUCUUCCAAGAAGUCAUUAUUAAGGUGCCAAAAUCUUGGCUGGUGCAAUGAUGGGCAGUGUAACUAUUUGUAAUUAGUUAAGUACUUAGCGAUCUGUUUCAUCCUGAAAUUGGAACACUGCUUAAAUCCGCUAUAUGUCAAGUACAUGUCGUGCCUGCUUCAGUGAAUGCUUGGCUUGUUGUAUCUAGCCUGACCGAUUCUGUGUACUGACUCUGCGGUGUACCAUAUGUACGAACCUGCUGUUUAUUUAUGCUCUCUUUAGGAAUUCUAACAUGAGUUGUUAUGGAAUUCUGAGCCACUUCGACGUCUCGUGGGUAGGGCGCAGGGUGUCAUAAUAAUACACCUAGGUACAUUUGAGUGUCAGGAGCUUACUUUUUAUAUAGUUUAGACACCGAGAAUUUUUUUUUUUUAUUAUUUUUUUUUAAGAAUACACAAACCCUUGGUUAAAUAGCGUCUUUGCGUUUGUGGUUUUGUUCGACCUACCUGUGCCCUCCCUGCUGUUGAGAUGCUUUUUUCUACUCUGCUUAAAACAUGAUGCAUUGCUUUGCUGGUGAUGUGCUCUAUACCUGCAUAAAUAACCCACUAUGACAGCGUCACAGCCUGUUUGUUUUGCACGGCUGAAUAAAGAAGUGGUUUUUAAAAAUCACCGUCCAGGUCUCCUGAGGAAGCAGGCCUAGCAUCUGCUACAGUAAAAAUGUUCUCUUUUUUUUUUCUUACUUUCAUUAACUUCGUCCAUAUUUUCCUGAUUUUCAAGCUAAUGCACUUUGAAAUUACUUUAAGUGUCUGUACUUGUUUGUCUAAAUGCAUUUAGCCAACUUCAAUAACAGGUGUCUUAAAUGUAUUUCACGCCAAUUUGUUACACUGCCCACCUCCCCUUCUUCCCCAGAAUAAAGCAGACUUUACCCUUGACAAAAGGACAGCUGUUAUAACUCUACUUUUCUGUAGAGGGCGCUUAUGAUGCACUGGCAAUACACAUUAGAUCACACUCUUUAAACCAUUAUCACCUCUGCGUGUGAGGCUGUUUGCGGUUUAGAACCGUUAGUGUUGGUCAGAGAGUUACAAGUUAAAGGACCACUAUAGGCACCCAGACCACUUCAGCCUAAUGAAGUGGUCUGGGUGCCUGGUCCAGCUAGGGUUAACCCUUUUUUUUUUUUUUAUAAACAUAGCAGCUAUGUUUACACUGAGGGUUAAUCCAGCCUCUAGAGCCUCUAGUGGCUGUCUCAUUGACAGCUGCUAGAGGCGCUUGCGUGCUUCUCACUGUGAAAAUCACAGUGAGAAGACGCCAGCGUCCAUAGGAAAGCAUUGCUUUCCUAUGAACUGGCUGAAUGCGCGCGCGGCUCCUGCCGCGCAUGCGCAUUCAACCGAUGACGUCGCUAGGAAGGAGGAGAGGAGGAGGAAAGCUCCCCGCCCGGCACUGGAGAAAGAUAAGAUUUUAACCCCUUCCUCUCCCCAGAGUCCUGCGGGAGGAGGACCCUGAGGAUGGGGGCACCCUCAGGGCACUAUAGUGCCAGGAAAACGAUUGUUUUCUUGGCACUAUAUUGGUCCUUUAAUUAACUUUUGUCACCAGUGGUGGAAAUAAAGCCGAUAGAUAGGGAUAACCUGUCCGCACCAUUCAAUUACUUUUACAUUAAAUCAUCCCACUGAGCAGUUUGACAGAUCCACAGUUUUACUGGUUAGGUGUAAACUUGUAAACUCCUGUCUUUACAUUGCAGUUUGCUGAGACGCCUGGUCACACUGAUUUCCAAGCAAGCAACACUCCUGGCUUCGAAUGAAGCCUUCAAGAAGCAGGCCGAGAGCGCCAGUGAUGCCGCAAAAAAGUACAUGGAGGAAAAUGACAAGCUGAAGAAGGUAUCUGAUAAAAUUCAUAUUAAACUUACACUCUGUUUGGAUUUCAAAGGAAGUCUUGGGUUUGACCCAACUGAGCAGAAUUUAUUAGUCUAGGUCAGUGAUAUGCCACCUUCAGGACUCUAUAUGAUGUGGACUACAUCUUCCAUAAUGCUCUUACAGCAAUAGUAUUGGCAAAGCAUCAUGGUAGAUGUAGUCCACAACAUCUGGAGUGCCAAAAGGUUGCCUACCUCUGGUCUAAGUCCUCAACAAACGGUAGAAGGGUUGACUGCUGUGAACAUUGCAAGGCCCUGCUCUUCUCUCAGGAUAGCCGAAAUGGAAAAAUUCUCGGUCAUCUAUGCUACUUUGGCCUAAAAUUUGAAAUUCACGUUCAGUUACUGACAAUUCUCAUUAUAGAGCAGCAGUUCCCACACUGUGUGACAGGCACACAGGGGCGCCGCAAGCACCGGGUACUCAUCAUAGCACCGGGUACCGUGCCUUAGUCUCCGCUUUCAGCUCUGCUGGAGAUCUCCCCUUUGGCCCGCUAGCACUGUAAUUCUGGCAGCCAGAAGGGGAGAGAGGACCCGGGCGAGCUCUAACCUCCUGCUAACCUGCUCCGCCGGGUUCUCCUCUUGCGAGCUUGGAGCGUUGUAGCAGGCUAGAGUUCACUGUCACCACUGUGACCACCAGGGAUUGCUAAUGGGAGGGGGUAAUGAAAAGUGCAGGGCUUGUGUUUUUUUUAAAAAAAAUAAACUGCUCCCCAAUACACACAAACUGCCCCCUCACGCACACUACAUCCUUUACACUCACACACACCCACACUACAUCCGUCACAAACACAAUGCACACCCAUAAACACACACACUGCACCCCCCCUCCCCCACACACACGCACACACACUUCACUCCACACACAUUGCGCCCCUUUCCCAUACUACAGCCCCUAUCCUGGCAGAUUCUUGGUAGGUUGUCAAACUGUUUUUAAACCGUUUGACUACUUACCCUGGGAGGGCACCAAGGCACUGUGAAAAUCACAGUGAGAAGCGCGGAAGUGCAUCUAGCGGCUGUCAGUGAGACAGCCACUAGAGGCUGGAUUAACCCAAAUGUAAACAUAGCAGUUUCUCUGAAACUGCUAUGUUUACAGCAGGCAGGGUUAAGCCUAGAUGGACCUGGCACCCAGAUCACUUCAUUAAGCUGAAGUGGUCUUGGUGCCUAUAGUGGUCCUUUAACCCCUUAAGGACACAUGACAUGUGUGACAUGUCAUGAUUCCCUUUUAUGCCAGAAGUUUGGUCCUUAAGGGGUUAAGGACACAUGACAUGUGUGAUAUGUCAUGAUUCCCUUUUAUUACAGAAGUUUGGUCCUUAAGGGGUUAAUGUUUCGUCACCAUUUUUCAUCACUAGAAAAUCUCUCUCAUGCUCCGUAGUUCAGUUAGUUACUUUAACGCGACACACAUUUAACAAUUUAAGUCUUUCUAAGUACCAGUAAAUAACUAAAGCAUAACUUUAUAAUCCUGACAAAUAUUUUGGUUUGCAUUAUGAUAAUUGUAUGAGUUGAGCUUUAGUAAAAGGAAGAAUAAAAAAAAAAGUCUAUUCUAGUGUGUUGAGUGUGUAUUUUUACACUUACAUGUAGUCUUAUAAAAAUAACACAUUUGUUUCAAAGGCCUUCUGUCACAUGGCUUUGUUCGUCUUUCAUACUAAACAGAGUCAGAAGAAAAGCUUAGCGCAAUGCCAAAAGGCGUGAAAUUACUUGUAGAGCCCUUUGCAAGUAGAGAAACCGUUAUGCUAUUAAAUUACCAUAAAGUAAAAUGAAACAAAUACUCUCACUAGUUACAGACAAAGGGAAGUGAAAUCCUGUAAUCAGGAGGUGACAAAGCAGCAAAGACUAACAAUUACAGAAGGUCCAAAGCGUUCAAAAACACAAAGUUAUUACAUAAACAGAUGACUCGCGUCUUCUUAAAAUUUAGGAUCGUUCACGAGUUGUUUCAGAGCAAGUGUGAGAGUUUACUACUAGUCUUCAAUUACCAAAUCUAUCCAAAACCCAAAGUGUUAACUCUCAUCCUUGUCCUGUGAUCUCAGGGUUUAAAGUCUGCUACCCAGAAAAGAGAUCCCUUUUUUGUAGUAUCUUUAGUUCAUUUGAUAGGUCAGAAACUGUUAGAGUAAAACCUUUUCUUGCAUCAGUGGAUAAAACUGGACAUUUAGACUCAGUUGGUCUAAGCAAUUACUCGGUCGAAGGCCAGGUUAAUAUGAAAGUAGAAUUCAAGAUCUACAUACGUCGUACAAUACUGCUAGCAGAAGACAGCCGUGUGGCCAGUCUGCCACUCUGACUGGUACACUCAGUCUGUGCAGACAAAAUUAAUACCCUCUCUUGGUUUAGGAUUUAUUAGUGUACAGGUUUCAGUAGAUAGAGGUGACAUAGGAGGUUUUAUUUUCUACAGUAAGUUGGAGGAGAUGAUGUUGCAAUACACUAUGUUGAUGCAUUACGCUUGACCUGUAAGCCCUAGUAUGGGAACACGUCGCUUUAGAUAUGUUUUAUACCUUUAACCCCUUAAAGGCACAUGACAUGUGUGACAUGUCAUGAUUCCCUUUUAUUCCAGAAGUUUGGUCCUUUAGGGGUUAAAUAAUUACCGCCUUUAUUUCUAAAAAUACAUUUCUUUUCAGCAACUGAAAGCCGCUGGGGUGGAGGUGAGUGAUCUUCCAGAAAACAAUGCAGAGGAAGAAAACAAGAAACUCAAAGGAGAUGUCAACAAGCUCAAGGAAGAACUGGAGUCGACCAAGAAAAGUAAGAUAUGCUCAGUGAUUCUGUGAACUUCCAUGGUUUACUACUAGCCUUAAAGGAGACAGACAGGAUUAUUUACUAAAGGGACAGUUCUAAGUGAAUUUCAAACUUAAGCCCAGAGCAACUGAACUGAAAAGUAGUUGGCUUUGAGAGUUUUUUCCGUUUAAAUUCACUUUGAAUUCUCACUUUAGUGAAUAACCCUGACAAACUACCUAAAAGGACACUUCUUGCACCAAAAUAACUUUAGCCUAAUAAGGUAGUUUUGUUGUAUGGAUCAUGACCUUGCAGUCUCAUUGCUCAAUUCUCUGCCAUUUAUGAGUUAAACCACUCUGUGUAUGCAGUCCUAGCCACACCUCCUCUAGCUGUGACUCACACAUCCUCCAUGAAAAAAAGUUACAUUUUCAAUCAGAUCUUACAGCACAAUGUGUUUACCUUAGACGUUAUCAUAUCCUGCUCUGUUAAGUGAACUUUAAUCACACAGAGGAGGCUGUUGCAGGAUUUAGCAUGCAACAUUAUGCAAUACUGGAAGCUAAAAUCUUUAUACUUAUUUUUCAGGAAAUGUCUAUAGAGGCUGUGAGAGUCUCAGCCACGGAAGGUGUUGCUAGUGAUUUAACUCCUAAAUGGUAGAAAAUUGAGUAGCGAUACUGCAGGGGCAUGUUCUAUACACCAAAACUGUUUCAUUAAGCUAAAAUAGUUUUGGACCUUUUGGUCCUUUUAAGAAACAAGGAUAUAUUUUGGCCGUCAUAAUUACAAAUCCUCCCCCCCUCCCCCCAAAAAAUAAAAAUACCAUCAGUGGGAAUAAUAUAAUUUUUUUUAUUUUUUUUUAGGGGAAGAUCAUUUGCAGAGAAUGUUUAGUAUUGAUGUCCCUUACUGUCCUUGAGAUCUGUAAUCUGUAAAGCUCUUGAGGAUAACACGUGACAUCACUACUAAACACCCUUUGGAAAUGAUUUAAGUUCGCCUUUGAAAAUGAUACUAGUCUUAUUACAGCAAUCUUUGUUUAACAUAUAGCCCACAUGUAAGUAGUGCAGCUGACAAUUUGGGGAAAAGAUAUGCAAGGCAAGUUUAAAAAAAAAAAAAAAAAAAAAUUUAAAUCAGUUAUAUAAUUGUUUCAUUACAAACAUGGACAGAGGUGAUGCAUAUUAAAGCUUAUGGUACAAUAUAUAAUCCGAAUUUAAAGGGAAACUAUAGUGCCAGGAAAACAAACCUAGCACUGUAGCUUCCCCCUUUGUCAGGGCCCCUCCCACCCCCACCAUGGUGCAGAAGAGGUUAAUAGUUCCUUCUAUUACUUACCUGCGUCCAGCACCGAUGUCCCUUGGCGCUGUCUCAGCUCCUCCCCCGCCGACGUACGCCAGCAGGGGAGACCUAAUGCGCAUUGACAGAUGACAGAAAAAGGGCAUAGCUUAAUACAAAGAUGGACAGGGAGCCAAGAUGAAGGUGCCAUUUCCAGGAUUGACAGAAGUACGGCAGUGUGAAUUUCUACAUUUAAUUGUAUUUUUCAGACCACACAAAUACACAAUACACAAACUCCUGGUCUUUCAUUUCCAAGAGGCGGUAUAAGGCCUAAUUGAUGCCAGGAUUCCAUAGGAAAAAUUGCCAUGCUACACAAAUCAGCAUCUUAGCAUUGUUUACUAAGCAGGCAGUGACAGGCUUUGUGCCCCAGAACCACUACAUUAAGGAUUUACUCAAACCUUUUCUUUAUUGUAAUUUUUGGAGAGGUUAUAGUGCCCUAUUAUGCUUUUGUCACUUGGUCCACCCAUGUUUGUUUGCAUAAAACCAUGUGGAAAUAAUUACCUUGAAUCCAGCUCUGGGCCAAGUUCUCCCCGAUUAUUUCCACAUCUCCUCUGUCGUCACUGUAUGUGGUCCAUGGUCCAAUCAAAUUUGGGGUGCAAGUGCAGCAUGGAGGAAAGGCUGCAUGGAUGGAGAGCUCCAUGAGCAAAUUUAAGUAAAGGGUAACAGAAAUCUAUAUUUAUUAAUAGAAUGUGAAGGGGAAUAUGGCAGCACAGAGGAAGAGCUCCUUGCACUGCUUGUAAGUGAAAAUGGUGGUUCUGUUUGGUGCCACUGCGCACAGACGACACAUAAUUUUUGCACAGCAUUGACAAUAAGCAGCCUGGCACAGAGUUCUGGGCUGCCGAAGUCACGUGUGCCGCGGUUGUAACGAACACCUGACGCAAAAGUCCAAAUACCUCUGAAUGUGCAACGUUUCAAGCUGAAACAUUUCAUAUAUGGAUUCCCGGCACCAUUAUCACUUCUAAAAGCUGAAGUGGUCAUGGACAUUGGAGUAACCCUUUAAGCUGUAGAUGUUCUGCUAACUAUAGUGCUUCUUUAAUGUGCAAUGUGCACACACCACAUACAUUUUUAAUUCAUAAAACAAUCAACAUUUGUGCUUGUAAAAUGAAAGGUCCCUGUAGCUUGUGUGUAUUUCAUUAAUUCUUGUGAAAAUUCAUGGAAAUGUUCCCUUGAAUAUCCAUUGAAGAUUACUAAGUGCAAACAAGCUAUUUUGAGUUCAAGGUGUGAAAUGCUGAGAGGUAUCUUAUUUGUGGUAAUUCCUCCAUAUUUAGUGCUUGGUGACAAGACUCCGUAUAGCACCAGCUCACGUUAAUACAACUCCCCCUUAGUAAUAUUUAGCAUGCAUGUCCAUUAACUCCCCAUAAACGUUAAACAUUAUCUAUCAAUUUAUCUUCUAGAUUAAUUAUCACACCCUGAGAAAUAGAUGAGGCAUUUAUUAUGGUCUUUUAAUGCAUUAUCUUUAGAACACAUUAAUAGAGUAAGGGUCAGCUCUAAGGGUCAACUCCAGCCAGUGUGUAUACAAGGUCUUCUGCUAAAUAAAACCUUCCAAAAGGUAAAAACAUUCAACAGGUAGAUUUUUCUUUGUUUUUUUUCCCAGUAUUUUAAGUAUUCCACUGAAUGCUUGGUGCUGUUCCGAAUCAAGAAGCCUAGCCCUUUUUCAGCAAGUUGUGACAUGUACAAAUGCUUGGUUACUGGACCAAAACCCUUGUCCUUUUCUAUACCUCUUCUGUACAAACCGACCUGCUUCAGCACAAGACAUUGGGCUCUCCUUAGAGAGUGUUACAAAUUAACUAUUGUUAUCGUAUUUGGAAUGUCCAGGGAUGCAUAGCGUACAGAAAGAGGGUCAGCUCUUCAAUUUAUAACUAACUCCUGCUUGUGUCAGCCGUAAUCUUUAUACAUCACUAACUCCCUUCUAACCUAUUCAUUGUUGCUUGCGGUAAUAUACGGAUUAGACCUCUAGAAAUGUUCACUGUGAUCAUGUCGUUGAUAAUUCAACUGCUGGUCAUCCUGCAAAACUGCUGUUAGACCACAAUUCUCAUACGCUCAACCAGCAUUUGCUGAAGAUGUUUUCUUGUUUGUUUUCGAAUAAACUUGUUAUCACUAAGUAUGAUAUCGCAAGGUCAGAGAAUCAAUGGCUCGCAGUACAGAUUUUCCAAGUCUCUAAUUUCCCCUCUUGUUCUCAGAUCAUUAGGACAGUCCUCUUCAAUAAUAAUGGCGUUCUGAUGUAGAUGCCGGAACUCAGGUGGUCUUAGAGCAGAAUUGCCUAACCUUUUGAUAAUUUCUGGCUCCCCACAAGUGCCAGGGCUAUGGCAACGGCUUUCUGAAUGCGUGACCUGCACUCUAGCAGUAAGAUUGGGUUAGAUGCAGGGAUUGCAAAAUGUAGGUAUCCAGAUAUAGUACAUGUGUAUUCUGAAGUCUGGCAAAGCAUCAUUGCAGUUGUAGUACUUCCAAAUAUGGGGAUCCACCUGUUGCAUUGCUCUGAUGUUUGGCACAUCUUUCUGUGAUUAGACACAUUGAGAACAUGUACAAUACGACAGUCACUUGCUUGUUUGUUGCUCUUUUGGUGCGAAGUCCAGUCUGUUAUUUGUUUGUUAAAUGUCAAAUUCUUGUGUCCUUUUACAUCACGGCACCUAAUGUAUAGCCUAUCUUUAUAAACUAUAUUUGUGUGGUCAUCAGAUUGCAUAACAGCUAUGUGCAUGGAUACAGCAUUCUGUAAUUACACUUGGCUGGUUAAAGUAUGGCCCCAUGUGGCGUUCUUAGAAAACCUGUUCUAUUUUUAGGGCUGUUUUAAAAGGAGUCUGUCCUGACAAAAAUAUGUGUGGGUCACUUAACGCUUUGAAUGUCAGUGACUCUCACAUUGGUUAAUAUGUUCCUUAUAUUAAUAUCACAUUUUCCUCACUUUGUAUUUUAAACCUGGACUACCUGCAUGUACAGGUCAAUAGUUUUUUUCAUAUAAAGCAUAAUAAAAAAUAAAUAAUUUGAUGUCAACAGUGAGCUGCAAUAAGCUUAAAAUCUCUGUCUAUCUAAUAACCACAUAUAUAAGGAUAGAAAAGCUAGCCGUUCUUGAACUCCAGACAAGGUUACCAAAGAUUACCAUUAUUUGCCCCACUCCAUUUUUCUUUUUGUCUUGUUCUGAGCAGUUUGCCACACAUAACACAUUUUAUUCUGUAGACACUGGGUUAUGUUUAGCCCUAGUUUGAAGGAGGGUUAGAGUUAGUUUAUUUUCGUCUUUAAGCAGCACAUAUUAAAGUUUAAACAACCAAUUUGACCCCCCCCUUUACCCUGAGUAUCCAUUAUGUGUAGUCAUCGGUUUCUUCUUUAGGUUCUAAAGAUUGACUUCAAGCUCUCUUUCCCUGCCUAAGAAUUAGUAAUGUCUACAUGUAAUGUUUCACCAUGUUUUGGGAGGGACCGAUUACAGCUAGAAGCGGUGUUAAUUUGAUGGUAACUACAAGGUCUGUGGGUGAGCAGUUAUUGGUUUACUUACGGAGAUAUAUAUUUUAUAUUUUUGAUGUGCAUGAUAAAACAUUACACACUGUUGGAACAGCAAUAGUAUGAUACAUAUCACAAGAUGAAGUGUAUAGAGGAACCCGCACAUAUUUUUAAAAAUAAGGAAUAAAAAAGCCAAGAAACACAGUGCAGGUUAGAUAUCUCAUUAGCGUAGUGUAGACUAACUUAAAGUGAGGGGGAGAAAAAAAUCCCAGGAGACCUCCCAGCUAGGCAGGUUGCAAGUCCCACUGUGAGAACAACAAACAAAAAGCAAAACUACUAACAUUUUCUUCCCACACAGCACAUAGUGGUGAGAGGUGUUAUGGGGAAUGUAUCAUGUUAGAGAUGAUAAAUGACUCCGCACCAAAAUCAGCCGAUGCCUUGCUGGGGCAGCACAGAGUCCACCCACAAGAGUCCCGGUGUCGAGCCCACCUUAGUGUAGACAUGUGGUAGUGGCAUAUGAGUAGGGCAGGCCAAGAGAGAUCCGCAAGAUUCUCCUAUGUGGUAUCAAGACCUUGUGCGGCGUGGAGUACAGGCACGUUGGGAGCUUUGAUUCGCGUCUCAGCUGGAUUUAGGGUGAGUCACCAAAUUUUAGUGGUGGUGCUUAGCUGCAUCUAAAUUCAGUCGUGGAGCUCUCUGAUGCCAUUUUUUGGGCUCUCUUCGCUUUGAGAUCUGUGCACCUGUAAUGGGAGCGUGUAGGCAGCUCAGAGGUAAGUGACAGGACUUCUGUAGCUAUUGAGUGCAUACAAACAGCCGGCUAAUCCAAAAAGGAUUUAAAAAGCUUGUUCAAGCGAUGCAUCACAUCCGACCUCUCACAGCCAAGAUCUGAGGAAUACGCAGCAUCCGCCAUUUUGUAGGGAACACAGAGGCUUGUAUCAGCGGUAUUGCUGGGACAUCCAGUAUAGUGUGGCUAACCUCCAGAGUGUGGACUGGGAUCACUCCCCCCGGUCCAAAGGGGAGGGAACAUGGUGCCAACUGUCGCAGGGCUUGGCUUGGGUUGCUCCAGGUGGGAGAGCCUCUCCCUUUCUCAAGGCGCACCAGGCUGCAUACCAUACGGACCUAUUAGUGGGGACAUGUCCACAUUCGAUGAGCCAAACUUGACAAGAAAACGCCUCACCAAUGCUAGAAUUUUGUGGAUGAUUAAUUGCUCUGCCUACAGGUCUAAAACAUCCCAAAAUCAAGAGUAAAUUGAGCCACAACUCAGAGCUUCAGCAAAACACUUCUCACGGGCAUGGUAGCCAGGCCCCACCCCACUACUUUGGGUAUAUUUUUUAAAAGAAAUAGUGUUAAGCAUGUUUAACAUUGCCUAUUGGAGUUUUGCAUUAUUAGACUAAUAACAGAGCUUGCACUUAGCUAUAUACUUUACAGAUUAAGUCAAGUAAGAAUAUCUGCAAAGGAGAAUGUGUCAUUUAAAUACAUAUAGAUCUUGUAAGCUGCGACUUUUAAUAUCACUCUGUUUGAGCCUGCUUUCGCCCUGUCCCUAGAUUCUUUUUCACAGUCUUUUCCCCCGUAUUUUUAUCUCCUUGUUACAUUGUCAGUACUUAAUUAUUGUAUUGGAUGGUAUAUUAGAAAUGUUUUUAAAAAAUUAUUAAUUUCUCAAAAGAAGGUUGAUAAAGGUGAAUUGUGUUGUUUUCUUGCUGAGAUGUUUAUAUGGAAGCCAUGUUUCUGAGGAUCUGGUUGGAUUUCUGACCGUAUUACUCAAGAAUUCUUCACGUUGUGUUGGCAGAAGAGCUCAUUAUUUCCUAUCUCUAAACUUUCCCACAGCUUUGAAUAAAUCCCAGAAUGAAGUGAUCGCCAUCAAGAAGCAGUGUGAAGGGUUAACUAAGGAAUACGACCGUCUACUAGAGGAGCAUUCCAAGCUGCAGGUAAGGUCUCCUUAAUGUAUUCGUGGACCUCCGUAACAUCUGAUCUGCUAUUUCUAUACCACCAGAUUAUGCAUGGUAUGCAAUCAGUCACAUAGACUUGUCAGUAAGAGUAAUGCAUGACCUAUUACCGACCCUAAUUAGUGACUAUAUAAAUGCAGGUGCCAGGCUGGGUAGGUUCUUUUUGAUGGAUUGUGGCGCACAAGGAACAAUUUGGUUCUAUCUGGAUUAAUCCUUUUAUAAAAUUGCCCUUAGAUGUGUAUCUGGUGCUCUUUAUAUUCUAAGUUUUAUUAAAAUAGUUAACUAGAUCUUGGCAUGUUUUUAAUAUUAAAUACCUACGGAUUUAUCAGAAUUGCUUAUUGUUGCUGAGUCUAUAGCCCAUUACUAAACCCCCUCAAUUGUGAGCAAAGAUAGGCUGCCUGGAUUGUAGUCCUAAAAUUUUCUGUAUUCCCUGCCCGUAGUUAUAGUCAGUCUCCCCCCUCCUUUUUCUGUAAAGAAAGUGAGUUUUACUUACCGGUUUCCAGCAUUAAUGCUCUCUCUGCGCGGCUAACCUCUCCACUUCCACAAUGUCUGGGAGGAGACAUCUGCGAUAGCCUAAUCCAAUGAUCUGCAUGCUAAUCCAAGCUCCCCCAUGGGAAAGCAUUAAAUCAAUCACAUGACCCAGCUGCAGAAGCACCUCUAGUGGCUGUCCGGAAGGUGGAAUUAAAAGGACACUAUAGGCACCAAGACCACUUCAGCUCAUUGAAGUGGUCUAGGUGCAUAUUCCCAGGUCCACUAGUAAUUAUUGCAGUUAUUGAGAAACUGCCAUAAUUACUAUCCACAAUUAACUCUACCUCUAGUGGCUGUCUACCAGAGAGCCACUAGACAUCUUCCGGGUUGUUAGGCUGCUAUGCAUGAGGAUGUCCAGCAUCACUCAAACCCCUAUAGGAAAGCAUUGUAAGGUUAUAAGGCAAUUUCCAAACAAUUUAAAGUCCAUCAUUCUACAGUGAGAAAGAUUUAAAAGCGGGAAAACAUCCAAGACCGUUGUCAAUCUUCUUAGUAGUGGACAUCCUGGCAAAAUCACCCCAAGGUCAGACCGUGCAAUGCUCAGAGAAAUUGGUCAAAAAAAACAGACGAGUUACAUCUCCGACUCUACAGGCCUCAGUUAACAUGUUAAAGUUCAUGACCGUACAAUUAGAAAAAGACUGAACAAGUAUGGUUUGUUUGUAAGGGUUGCCAGGAGAAAGCCUCCUCUCUCUAAAAAGAACCUAGCAGCACGGCAAAGUUGCAUCUGAACAAAUCACACAACUUGUGGAACAAUGUCCUUUGUACAGACAAGACUAAGGUGGAGAUGUUUGGCCAUAAUGCACAGCGACACAUUUGACGAAAACCAAACACAGCAUAUAAGCACAAACUCCUCAUACCAGCAAAAAUAAAAAAUAGUUUAGGUGUAAAAUAUAAAGAAGCAGUCACAAAUAAAGAUGAGCCUGAUCUAACUUUCAGCACGUGUAGACCACAAAUAGGGUCAGUGAUGCAGGCGAGGACGCCAGCGAGGAACAGUUGCACAUCUUUAUUCAGAUAACACUUUAAAAGAAGUCCCCACUCCACCUCCUUCCUUCGAAUGUGUGCUGUGUAGAGUCUUUUCACCAUUCAGUUUGUUACCGGCUGCAAAACUUCAGAUCUUCCAUAUCUCUUACACGGCCACUUCCGGGAGGUGAGGUUAGCGUCCGGACCACGUGACUACAUAACGUGACGUGGGAGUGCGUGAUACUGUGUCAAGCACAGUGGUGGAGGGACGAUGAUUUGGGCUUGUUUUACAGCCGCAGGACCUGGGAACCUUGCAGUCAUUAAGUCGAGAAUAAAAACCUCCUUAUACCAAAGUAUUCCAGAUUUAAAGGGACACUAUAGGACUUCCAGACCACUUCAGCUAAUUGUUUACAUUGCAGCUCUAUGUUUGCCUCCAAUGGCUGUUUACCAGACUGCCACUAGAGGGCUUCCUGGAUCAAAACAGAACUUUGGUCCUGUACCUGACGUGGGAAGUCCUCACGUUCUGCAUUGGGACAUCCAGCAUCAGAUUUUUUUUUCCCCCAUAGGAAAGUAUUAAUUCAGUUCUUUUGUAUGGGGAGGUCUAAUGCGCACGCGGCAAGGUAAGUAAAUAAAGGGUUUUUGAAACCUUUAUUUACCAGGGAGGGUGCACGCGAGGCCCUCCCUCGAGGCAGAGGGAGUGAUAGUGCCAAAUAUAUACAGCUUUGUAUGCCUGGCACUAUAGUAUCCCUUUAAAGGAGAGGCCAUCUGUCCGACAGCUCAAGCUUGGCCUAAAUUGUGUCAUGCAACGGGACAAUGAUCCCAAGCACACCAGCAAUGGCAUAAACAACAACAGAAUGGCUGUCAAAGCCCAGGCCUCCACCUAAUUGAAAUGCUGUGGUGAGACCUUAAGAGAGCUGCCCAUAAACAAAUACCAGAAUACCUUUAUAAACCGAAGCAACCUUGUAAAGAAUAGAGGGCUAAAAUUCCUCCCGAACGAUGUGAGAGACUGAUAGUCAUACAGAAGAUGAAAACUUCAGGUUAUUGCUACCAAUCAAGCUUAUGGAAUCAUAAGGUGUACUUAGUCUUUCACACAUGGCUUCUCCCUUUUGUUAUAUAAUGACACGGUGUAAUAUGUCAUGUGUUGCUGUUCAUCUGAGCUUGUAUUUACCUAAUUUUAAGGCCUGCUAAGAAACAGGUGAUUAUGUCCUAAUAUGUAAUACCAUAGAAUUCAAAGAGGGUGUACUUUCUUUUUUUCCCAUGGUUGUACAUACCAAGCACUUUGCUUCUGACUUGUGAUUGAUAAGAGCUGUGGAGCAAGGAUCGUGGAAUCUGAGCUUGGGCUAUGUAGGUGUAAACUGCAAAAACAACUCUAGCUGUGUUUGAGAUGCAUUCAUAUGUUGUUUUCUAAUGUACUCAAGUUAGCAAAACAUACUUGUGUACAAAUACAGAGCUGGAAAAUAUACCCUAGUCCCACUCUGUUGGAAAAAAAAAUUUCCACUCCUGUCUAGUGGUAACGCUCUCAAUAUGUCUGUGCAUGUCUAUUGAUUAAUGGAAUUGGUGCAAGGUUCUUUUUUUUACCUGCACAGUGCAACUCUGGCCUUCUUACGAAGACAAAUUACCAAAUCAAUCAUUUUGCCUUGAAUUGCAUAAAUUCUUUUGGCUACAGUGUGUAAUUGUUUAUUUGCUUCUAGCCCUGAAAUCGGUUGCGUUUUUAUUAUAUUUUUUUUAGUUUUGAAACUUUAAAGUGAAACUGUCACAUUUUAAGAUGCUUGUGUGGCGAAACCAACCUCGCCACUGUACACUGGAGAAGCCUGGUUGCUCGCCUGCUCCCUUUAGACUAUGGCCCUGCAGUUCAGACCUGUUAUUUUCCCUGCUGAAAGGUUUAUUCAUGCCUUUCUGCCAGGGUGUAUUCAGUAGAUUCAAUCUACCGAACAAACUACCGAACGAUGGACCACCUGGGAACUGGAGUGUGCCGUCAAUUGACCGCCCAGAAGCUGCGGUUAACCGCAGCUUAAUUGAUGAACGCUGGGAGGCCUUUGUUCGGUUGCCAAACACGUGGCAGCCUCCUUCCCUUCCCAUUCGAGAGCGGAACCGAAUGACUGUUCAUUCGGUAGUUUAACCGGAUGAACAGCAUCACCCAGAUAGCUAAGCCAUGGAGCCUGUUCAUGUAACGAAAAGACUAUGUGAAGGACUUUGGCUCCAUGGCGGUUGAACUGUAUGUAUGUGAUCUGAGCGCCAUUCGGUAAUAAUGUGUGCGCAGAUCCUAGCUAUCUGGGGAUAUGUAGAACGUAUAUGUUUUAUGUACUGAAUGUAACUGUAGGUAAUUUUAUGUCUUUUACUGUUUUUCUGCCAUGUGGUUAAUGGAGUUUUGCGUCUGUCUUUGGAGAUAAUUGGAUUACUUCCCAAUUAUCUCCAGGGCAGAGAGGAGGGAUUGUGAUGCAUUGUGGGAUGGUUGAAAUGUGUAAGUCUGUGAUUGGUCCUUUUACCCUUUGUGUCCCAGUCUCCCAUUUGGUCCCCUAGGGGAGUGUCCACCAGGUGGGAGACCUGCAUAAAAGCCGGGCAGUUAGCCCCAGUAAAUCAGUUCCUGCUUAACCCUCAAAGUGAAGUGUCGUCUCAUUAUUGGGGGAGGAUUUACUGUAUGCUGUUAGAGACUGAUUGCCAGGAGUGUAAGCCGCUUGGGGGCUUUUCCUGUUCGUCUGCUAGCAGCUAUUCGUGUGUCUCCAGUUCGGGAGUUUGGAGUGCUACUUGGUAUGCAGUUCGGGAGUUUCGAGUAUUCCCUUGGUUGCAGUUCGGGAGUUGGUGAAUUCGUGGGUUUGCAGUUCGGGAGAUUGGUGCUUGCAGUAGCUGUCUGUGCAGUUGAAAAAGGGGAAUAUCGCCUAAACGGUUUUUAACCUCUUGUGGGCAAAACGGUCCGUUACAGCUUGCACUGAGUAUGUACGCACCAAGUUACGAUAAAGUUGGUUACCUAAAAGGCUGUGCGUUUAUUUUUCCUUAUAUUUAAAUUUAUGCCUCAUACUGCCUUUUCACAGAAAAUGCAGUGUUUACAAAUGAGAGACUGCUGGGAGACACAUUGCAUCAAAACACAAGAAUAAUGGGACACUAUAGACAUCAGAACCAGUACAGCUCAAUGUAGUAGUUCUGUGCAUAUAUCAUGUCUCUGCAAGGUCUGCAGUGUAAACACUGACUUUUCUGAGAAAAGGCAUUGUUUACAUUGCUGCCAAAGUCCACCUCUAGUGGUUGCCACUCAGUCACUAAACAGACUUCCUGGACCAAGUUCUGCAAUCUUUGCAAGAUGUAGCUUAAGCGUCUCCACACUAUAGAGAUGCAUUGAUUCAACGUAUUUCUAUAAGGCGAUGCUGAUUGGCGAAUUUCAGCGUUUUGCCGUGCAUGCACACUAGCCACCCAAUGCUUUCCUAUGGGGAGACUGGCAGCAUGAAGACCAUGUAGGUUUGUUUGUUUUUUUGUGCUUGGCAUGUCCUUUUAACAGGAAUAUGCUGAUGGUACAGUAGCCAUUUUUUUAUUUUUUUUAAAGCAAUGCAAGUAUGGCAGUAGUACAACUGUGCUAAGUCACAAUGCAGUAUAAAGGCAGCUUAUUUUAACCACAACUUCUCAUUUUAUGUAACUCUUAGAAUGUUGUCCUGGCAGAGACUAGGCAUGCCAUAUAAAUUAAUUUAGCCACCAUGUUGUGCAAAGUGUAGACACACGAGUUUGUAGAGCGCAGUGGCAGAGUGUGGCUCAUACUAUAUUUCUCUGUAUGUGCCCAAGUGGACACGAGCAGGCUCAGCACAAGUGAUCGUUCCCUGGAUAUGGAAGUGGUAUGUUGGUAGGAAUGCUUUUUACUUGCACUAGAUAUCUCCGUAAGAACACCAGCACAAAUUACUUUCAGUGACCGGUCUAAAGACGGAGCGCUCCCCAGUCAACUACAACUUCAAGUUGCGUUACAAUUCCCUUGUAACUUAUGCACGCUGUCUCCUAGCUUCUCUAAACAACUGCUUAAAAAGGAACAUGCACAGAGUGCAAUUGGCUUGCUAAGUAGAUUCAUUCACCUAUUUUCAUAAAUGAAACUAUUCACAAAUACUGAACAACCUACUGCAUAAUGGAAGGUAUACGUGAGUUACAAUGGUAUGCUUAACCCUCUUGGAAAACAGAAGGUUCAGUGUUGGCUCAAACAAACCUCCGUAAUCAGUAAAACUAGCAUGCAGGUGCCGUACGUGGGUAAAGACACGUGUAUUAUAAACAAACCGAGAACUGAAUAGGAGGAUGCAGGCACAGGUCUUCUGUGUUGCAGCCAGGCUCCCUGCAGCCAGGCUCCCUGCAGCCAGGCUCCCAGCAGCCAGACUCCCAUGGUGAUCCUGUCUGAAGGGUUCCUGGUAGCGGCAGGCUGCCGUGGCAGGCUGGCAGCAGUGGCUGGGGGACUGGUGUGACUGGCUGACAGGCCUCUUACGUCCCCAGCCCCUCUGUGUGACUGUUUCUCCCCUAUUCCUUAGUGUGUCUUUUUCCCCUUCCCCUAUGUGUUUCUCUCCCCCCCCCCCAGCCCUUCAGUGUGUCUUUGUCUCCCCUCAGCCCACCUGUAUGUCUUUGUGCCCCCCCCAGCACAUUUGUGUGUCUGCUUGUCCCCCCCAGCCCCUCUUUCUCUUUUCUCCCCAACCCUUCUGUGUGUCUCUUUGUGCCCCAAGCCCCUCUGUGUGUCCCAUUUCCCCCACUUUUUCCCUCCCAUUUUUUUUUUGUGUGAAAAAUCCUGGUCUUAUAAUUGAGCAAAAUACGGUUCAUAGAGAUGGUGCAUGCAACUCCAACUGCCACCCCCAUAAUGCUCAUGCAGCAUUUCAUUUGGGUGAUAAGUUGUAGCCAGCAGCAGCUCUCUCUCUGAGCCAAAUAGGGUGCAGUUUUCUUGCUUAUUGUUCUGGUGCAGUUAAAUGGGAGCUGACAGUUCUGUGGAAUUUACAGCACUGAAUAAAACGGACGCCCUGGUUCCUUUUAAAUUUACAUUAAAAAGAAUCAGCAAAUGUCAUCAUAUAUCAGUUUAGUCAAGGCACAGCCAGAGGCAACAUUGUUAGUAAAUAGGAGAAAUAGAAACAUUGUUUCAUAUCUUCUCUUCGCUCAAUGCGGACUGCUAGGUUUUUAUAAGAAUGAUUGACAGGGAGCCCAGUUGUACGUCACAAAUGCAAAUUAAUUAUAAGUAAAAUAACAUCCAUCCUUCUUUUUCCCCCCAAUCUUUAUUAAGUCCUUUUUACAUAACAUUUAACAGACGGAAAGCAAAAAAGAACAUACAUGAUAUGAGAUGAGGAACAUUUUGUUUCUAAGCCUGCCAUUACGCUCGUAUUAAAUUAAAACACCAAUUUGACUGCAAAUCUCAAAAGAGCAGAAGUAGCAAACGUAAAACCCUUGUUCUCUUUUGAUCUAUACAUUUGCCUGAUAAUACAACAUAUAGAUAAACUAUCAGACCCCUUCCUCUUUUGAUAUUUAUAGGAAUUGAGUUUCCCUAAUAGCUGAAGAUGUGCAUUUUACUCCAUCCAAUUACGGUUUGCUCACGAGUGGUGUUUAAGUAAUGGAUAACAUUAGUGCACAACACCAAACAUGGCAUAAUACACUUUAUGAUGAAAGCUCCAUGAUAUGAAUUUUCAAGGAAAACCUCCUCCUAUUUAGUAGGUGCGUCCUUGAAACAGCAGCCUGUUGACCUUGGAGACUGCUUAGCAUAUAGUCACCUGACCCUGCUCUUGGCUUUAUAUAACUAUAUUUGCACGGGCAGGCCUGUGCUCUCAGCAGUACACUUCUAAUGCUAAAAAUACAGGAGCUGUAUUCUUGGGUGACUGUAAUUUUCACGGAAUGUCCCUGGUGUCCUUCUUUUCUUGGAACUAAGAAUAUUUGGUGGGUAUCAGUGUAGUCACAGGUCUACCACAGCAAAGUUCUCGGUAAUUGGCGUGGGUUUCAGAGUUCCGCAGCAAUGAAACACGGCAUCAAGGAAGUGUAUAGAAGCUUCAGACCUCUGCGAGAAUAUAACCCUGCAAUUUUAAUACUGCACAUUUAUUUGUUAGUCUAAAUUUAAUACCAUGUUCUCAAUAUUAAACUUUAUUUAAAGGAACAAAUGGGUGUAAAUUCUCUAGAUUUCUGCACCCUAGCUGUCCUUCUUUUGUCCUUUGGCCUAUAUUGCAUAUUCAAAAUUAUUUCAGUAAUCUUUGUGGAGGAAAUGCACGAUUUGCGUACACUUUUUUUACUCUUCAAUGUAUAAUUUGGCUGUGACUCUGCAGCGUAAGAAUUUUUUUUUUUUCUUUUUCCCUGAUAUGGUUUAACCAUUUCAUUGUUGCAUUACCAGCAAAGCUUCCACAGUUGUGUGGCUCAAUAAACUUUAUGCCAGACUUGUGAACAAUUAACCACUGUGGAGAAGAGUAAGUUAACAUAUCCUGAUAUGUUUAACCCCUUAAGGACACAUGACGUGUGACAUGUCAUGAUUCCCUUUUAUUCCAGAAGUUUGGUCCUUAAGGGGUUAAAGGGACCAAAGCCACUUUUAGCUCAAUGAAGUGGUUUUGGUGCAUAGAUCAUGCCUCUGCAGUCACACUAAAGUCAAAUCUAACCUUUUCAUUUUCAAAGUGUCUUUAAUAUAGAAUCCCUUCUCUCCUGCUCGAAUUGCUUGCUAGAGCCUGCAACACCCUACUGUGUGUAAUUGAAGUUAAAUUGACAGAGCAGGAGAGUCUGUACACCAAACCUACUUUUGCUAAAGUUGUUUUGGUGCUUAGAGAAUCCCUUUAAAGGUUGGUAUGCAGAUUAUAUAAAUAUCAAUGGGUGGGUAGAUUCCCUGGUGUAGUUUGAAAGCGAGUCUUGAGGUGCAUUGUGGCUAAUAAAAGGGAGAGGUCAGGGCCCUGCAGUGUUAAGCAGGAAUGCACCUGCUACGUGCAGCCAGGCAUGCCUUGUUGGCAUGUUUAUGUCACGAGGUCGGAGUCUCUGUGUAAUGACAUGUGGAGUCAGAGUAGGUUUGAUAAUAAAGAUAACACAGAGGGGAAGGAACUUUGGCACUCCUGUAUGUCAGACGGAAUUUAUUUAAAACUCCUUUAGCCUUUUCUUACGGAGAGCUGUAGAGGUGUGGGUUAGUGUACAGUCCACCCCGGCCUAUACUGGAAAUGCUUUCACAUCAAGAUUCUUCUUUCUAAUCUCGUAAAUAUGCAAAUGGGGCACAGUUGUGCAUUUGUCGAACUACAACUCUCAUUAUCAGACUGGCAUUUGCUCUACCGUGUGUAGAGUUGCUAUCAGCAGGUUGUAGUGUAUUCAAGACUUUUGCAGUACUUUGCAAAAAUAGCCCUGCUGCGACUACUGCAGAGUUCCGGAAUUAUUCCAAAUCCUCUACUUUAAGCAUUCAUUUUGCAAUUGGGGUUUCAGUUCCGAGCACUUUGGUGUUUAUGAAAUAAGACAGGGGAUGAUAUAGAACCUAGAAACCUAGACUGCAGUUAGUGAGUGUGGGGAUUAAUUGGCACGCUAUCUAUAUCCUACCCAUAUCUAUGUGGAUACUCACUCUGCCAAGCUUAAAGGGGAAUAGGAUCUCAGUAACUCUAUAAGACAUAAAUAGCUGUAAGCCUUCACUGUCAAUGCCAAUACAGAAAUGAAUAACAGUUUGGCACAUUCAAUGGCUUUUCUUUAUUAAAGGGACAUUAGAGUCACAAGAGCAACUACAACUUAAUGUAUUUGUUCUGGUGAGUAUAGUCAGCUGCUGCAGGGUUUUUGCUAUAAACACUGCAUUUGUAGUGAAAACACAGUGUUUACAGCCGAGGGAUACCUCCACUGGCCACUCCUCAGAUGGUUACUAGAGGUGCUUCCUGUGGCAGUGCUGCACAGUCUGCAGCAAUGACGUACAGCGUCUCCACGCUCUGCAUGGAGAUGCUGAACUUUCCCCAUAGAGAUGCUGAUUGGCCAGGGUGGCAUUUGGCUGAGAUCAUGGGAAAGCAUUGUGAUUGUUUGAGAUCAUCAUUUCUGAUGAUGACAGCCAAGGACGCCGAUCGGGAGCAGAGCCAGCGCCGGCAAACCCACGAGGCACUGGAAAGGAGGUGAGUUUUUACUAUAUUUGAGGGGGUCAGGGGAGCUAGAUGGUGAUUUUAACACUAUAGGGUUAGGAACAUGUUUGUUUUCCUGACCUUAUAGUGUUCCUUUAAGUUUGAAAAUGUGUUAAGAUUUAAAAGCAGUCUACAUGCCUUCAUUCCAUCCAAUGAAUUAUUGUUCACCACUAUCUCGUUAAUUUGGGUUUUUACAUUCCUAUGUAAACAGAGAAACAGAUGUAACCACAGAACAGUUUGUGAAAACACAAGCUUUUAUGUAGUAUUGCAGAGUUUUUAUUCUGGUCUUGGCAGUAUACCUACAUAUGACAUUGUCUUGUAUAGCUGUGGUACACAAUUGUUCCAUAAUGCAAAAAAAGCCAAAUAAAUCAGUCACGAUUUUCAUGUAAAUUACAACCUGUUUGACAAGUGCAGUCUCAAUUUAAAGAGGGGGGGGGUGGGGGGGGGGAGAAUCAACAUAAAAAAACCCUAUAGUGUAGGGAUGUGCAUGAUCCAAAAAUUUGGUUCGGUUUGAAAAUGUCAGUUCUGGACUUCGGUUCAGCACUUCUGAAAUUUGGAAAUUCUGUAGGGCUCCCUCACCUAACCCUACCCUACCCUAACCCUGUCAUCAUUCACAUGAUUUUCCCUCCCUCUCUUUUUUUUGCCACUUUUCAGAAAUCCAAAGCACUUUGGCCCUUCCGAAGUUCGGCCAUUUGGUUCGUUCGAAAUUCGGCACUUUGGACAUUCUGAAGCAUCCAUAUGUCCGAAUUGCCAGAAAUUCGUCCGUAUUCACAUUCGGACCGAAACGAAUAGCACAUGUCUACGUAUAGUGUGGCUGGAUUAAACCCAGGAAUGGUGGCUUGUCAAAAAGCAGUUUUUUUUGCCUGAUUACUCUAGUGGCAUGGAUCUUUUAAUUUAGUGUUGUUCUGAUUGCACAAAUUUCUGCAGCAGAAAGCAGACCUCUGAUCUACAAAUACCAUGGCAUGUGCUAUUGAAGUUGCAGGAUUGGCUAAGCUAUUUCAGCCACUUCCACAUCCAGCGAGUGCCCACUGCAUAGCCUGCCAGUUCUGCAGCAAACACAGGAACAUCAUUAUUUGCUUGUAAAUGCAUUAGCUAUGUAAUACUUAAUAAAAAAAAUAUAUAGACCAUACAAUUAAAGGAAUGAAAACACGAUGAAUAAAUUUUAGAAAACAAGCAUAAUUAAUUUGUCUACAGAUCAUCAAGCCUUCACCUCCCCUUUAAAAUAGAGCCAAGCACAGUUGUUAAAUUCCUCCAAGAUCAAAUGUAUUGCCUUACCAGCUGAUAUAAAUAGUUGGACAUGGUGGUCAUAACCUGCGGUACUUGUAACCCGAAAUACCCAGCCCUUGGUAGUGUGUCUCUCAUUGCAUUCCCCCCCCCCCCCAUAUCAGUGAAAGUGUUAAAAAGGAAGCAGGUUCUGAUCAUAUAACGACAUAAACGUCAUUAAUUCAUUCUUCUCUUAUUGUUGGUAUUUGACAUUGCUAUUCAGUCUGAUGAUGAAUAAAUAGUUGCUAUUUGCCCGUGUGUCGGCUUACAAUUAGCACAGAGCUGUAAAAUCAAUAUUGGUGGUUGGGAAGGGUACAGUAGCCUUUUGAAUUUAUACGGUUUGUGUUUCCAUCAGGCAAUUCAUAUUGUACUUACCCGGGGAUUAGUACAGGUUUAACUGCAAAAACGUGAGCAACAUCAGUGUUUAGAAAGUCUCGACUUUAAACAUUUUAAUAGCUGGACCUUUUUAACUUACCGCCUGAAAAUCCAACUGCUUUUGGUGUGGAGGUUGUUGUAAUUUUUUAAAAAUCUUUGGUGAAACUUAUAGAGCAUUUAGAGAGCAUUUUAUGCUGCUCGCUAUACAUUACUUGAGUGGUUCCCAGCAUGCCAAUCUGCAAGACGUAGACGAUCUGUGGUUUGUUUUUUGUUUUUUAAAUGUUUUUUUUUUUUAAUUAUUUUAUACACCCUGAUGUUCAGGUUUCCUCUGUGCCCAAGAGAUACAAGGCUAAGCAAGAUACAUUUUAUUCAGUUUUUAUUAAAACAAAGAAUUCUUAACAGAUAAAAAAAAAUGAUCACACCAGUUUACAUGUUCAAAGUGCCAUGUGAGGGCACUUUAUGACAACGGAACUUUUUAAGGCAAAAAAAAAAAUCUUGCUAGUUUUUUGACUCUGUGUAUAGUGAUGUCCCGAACGGUUCGCCGCGGACUCAUCAUUGAGUAAACUUUGACCCUGUACCUCAAAGUCAGCAGACACAUUCCAGCCAAUCAGCAGCAGACCCUCCCACCUCCUGGACAGCAUCCAUUUUACAUUCAUUGUGAAGCUGUCCAGGAGGUGGGAGGGUCUGGGAGGCAGGGUCUGCUGCUGAUUGGCUGGAAUGUGUCUGCUGACUGUGAGGUACAGGGUCAAAGUUUACUCAAUGAUGAGUCCGCGGCAAACCGUUCGGAACAUCACUAUCUACGUAAUGAUACCCCAGAAACAUCUUCCUCUCACUUGAGUGGAGGUCUCGGAAUAUGGCACCCCCACAAAUCUACCUAGAGAAUGCCAUCCACUUAAAGUCAGCGACUGAUUAAUGGUAGCAUUAAUCCGCGAAUCAUCCGAGAAGCCAGUGGUAAUUGGGAGGGCGCCGCAUAGUCAAAAAUAAAGAAACCGUUCCAUAAGACAAUUUUAACCAGUACGCUCCACAAAGUCGGGUUACCUAUGAUGAGAAGAGACAGACAUCAAAUCAUGUUUGGAGGUUAACACAUAAUACUUAAAGGGUUACUUGAAACACUGCACAUGCAGAGAUAUUUUUAGAUGCUAUCAGGAGGGGGCGUGGAAGUGGGCGCUGGGAGCUCUGUCCGGCGCAGGAAUGCAGGUUCGUAAAAAGAAAGACUACCAUAUUUUUAUUUUUUGGGGUUUUGGCAGAAAUCUGAGUGGGUGGGUUGGGGGGGCAUAUAACACAGAAUAUGGCAUAUAACACAGAAAAGGCCCUCUUGCUCCAAAGGGGUUAAUGUUACCAUGUAACAGAUUUCAAAAUAAGCACAUGUCUUGUUUAAAGUGCCAAGUGAAGGUUACAUGGAACAGCACAGUGCGAAAAACAAAACUUCCUAAUGUAGCAAUGCACCAGAAACAGUCGUAUCACUUGAUGGCAUUCGCAGCAUCAGCCUGCUGCGCCAUACCUUCCUCCCUUUCAUGGUAUAAAAUGCAAUACUGGCCAGAACGCUAAAGGGUUACAUUUAAUUUCCUCUUAUUUCCUCAAUUAUUAUUAUUAUUAUUAUGAUAUUUAUAGAGCGCCGUCAAAUUCCGCAGCACUUUACAAUGGGUGGACGAACAGACAUGUAGUUGUAACCAGACAAGUUGGACACACAGGAACAGAGAGGUUGAGGGCCCUGCUCAAUGAGCUUACAUGCUAGAGGGAGUGGGGUAAAAUGACACAAAAAGGUAAGGAUAGUAUUGAAAUUGAAAGCCAGGUAUCCGAUCCCCCAAGAUGAAACCGGCUGCUCAGAAGUGGGAAUACAAUGCGAUGCUAGCUGAUCUCCUUCAGUGCACUUACAAAGGCUCGUGGGAUCCCUUCCAAGCGUAUAAUAGGACAAGCCAGGAUUCAUGGAACCAUGCACAAGCAAUGGAAUGCUCAGCGCUUCUGUAUUGUAUUCUGUGUGCCUUGAGCAAGCUUCCCACUCUCCCUAAGUAAUGCUUUCAGUCUGCACUUUCAUGCUUUUUAAAAUGUGUCUGCAAAGUUCAGAUUCACUGUCCAUAUACAUACUUGAAAUACUGGGAAUCUGAUGCCACCAUUUCCUUCUAUAGAAUCUGUAUACCAAAAACAUUACACAGUUGAAAAAACCAGAACACCCAAAGGAUAAAUUGCAUUACUAUACCUCUAAACAGCAUGCCUCGUUAUUGUUCUUUAUACGUAGAGAGAAAUUCGACAUAUAUUUGAUCAUACACACACAGAGCCUUGGAUAAGUAUUCCCCCUCUGUGGACAUAUCUGCACGUUAUAUUGCUGCAUCCUUGAAUUAAAAUAUUUCAUCAUUGGAUUUACAGUGAACAAGUUGUUAAAGAAAAAAAACUAAACACUUGUUUACUGCCUAGCUAUUCACCUCAAGUUUUUAUUGAAACCAUGAUGCACUCCGAUGCAUUGGUUGGUUUUGAAAGUCACAAAAUUAGGGUACACCUGUGUGCAGUGAAAGUGUUACAUGAUCUCUAAUUAAAUACACCUGCUUCUGAAAGGCUUCACAGGUCAUUCAAGAGCAAACUGCAUCCAUAAUUCCUGGAUUAAGGUCUGGAGAAGCUCUAAUCAGAAUUUGGUAAAAGCCCCACACAUCCCUUCUUUGGCCUUCAAUUUGAAAUUCACUUUGAAUUCUCAACAAAUCUCGCCUUAGUGAAUAACCAUGACCGUUAAAUACAUUAUUAACCCAGCCACAAAUCUGCCUAGAAAAAGCUGUCCUUGAAGACUCGGUGACUGGUUAAGGAGGGCAUGGUGACUCUGAAUGCACCCCGCAUCCGUAAUAGAAGACACAUCCAUAAGUAUGCCUCCCAACCAUCCCAAUUUUCGGGUCUUCUACAUUUCCGACUUUGUUACCUGGUGUCCCCAAAAGGUGUUGAGCAAGCGCAUCAUUAGACAUGCUCGCAUGGCAUGCAGGUCACUAAGACCCUGCUGAGAGUAAUGAAUACGUGCUCCCUGCCCUCAGUGGACCGGUCUAUUUGGAAAUUUAGGAAUAUCUGGCUAUUCUGGUUGGAUCGCACCAGUGAUGCAAUUGGGUUGUAUGCAAUUGCAUCACUGCCCAGUCCUGUUAACCCCCCCUCCCACCGGCAUUUCUCUUUUCGGGAUAACAAUUUGGGUUGUAUGCAUAAGACCACUAUAACCAGGACACUCCACAAAUCUGGGCUACGUAUAAUGACAAGCCACUGCUGAAAGAGUCAGAUAUCAAAUAAUGUUGGGAGUUUGCCAAAAAGCACGAGGAAGAGACUGCAAACUUAGUAGAAGGUUCUCUGCACCGAUCAGACUAAAAUGUUUCUUUUUGGCUUCAUGCAGUGCACAACCAACAAGUCUCACCACCGUGUGAACACCAUGUAGGUGUUAGCAGCAUUGUGUUGUAGGAAUGCUUUUCAUUGCAGUGAGUGGAAAUUCUGGAGAAAGUUAUUUUUCAGAAAUAUAAGGAUGGGGCAGACGUUCACCUUCCAGGAGGAAACUGUUCAAAGGCAAAAAUAAUCACUGUUGAGUAGGUGUAGACCAAAUGAAAACAUGCAUGCAUUUAAUUAUGCAAUUAAAAAAAAAAAAAAAAAUUGGGGGUAUAUCUAAAAAUGAGUUGCAAAAGCUGCAGUUGACUUUCUGUGGCUGUCCAAUCAGACUUUCCAAUGUAGCUCAAUGAGAAGUCUUUGCAAGCCAGGUAUUCUGGGCAAUUGCUGCUUCUUAAAGGACCACUAUAGUCACCCAGACCACUUCAGCUCAAUGAAGUGGUCUGGGUGCCAGUUCCCCCAGGUCUUAACCCUGCAGCUUCAGAGAAACUAUGUGUACAUUACAGAGUUAAUCCAGCCUCUAGUGGCUGUAAAGACAGCCGCUAGAGGCGCUUCCCCGACGCUCAAUGUGAAAAUCGCAUUGAGCACGCAGAACGUCCAUAGGAAAGCGUUGAGAAAUGCUUUCCUAUGGGUGUUUUUAAUGGGUGCGUGGCUCUGCCCGCGCAUGUGCAUUCGGCUCCACUCGGGAGCUGACUUUGAAGGGGGAAGAGAGGUCAACAGCGCCGAGGGAGCCCGGCGCUGGAUAAAGGUAAGUGGCUGAAGGUUUUUUUUGGAGGGGGGACCUAAGGAUUAUAUAGUGUCAGGAAAACUAGUUUAGCGCUACUGAGCUUAUCAAACCAGGAAGUAACCAGAUCAGUUGUCUGACAGCCAAGAGGGCAUUACAAGAUUAAUUUAGAAAAAUGCCAAUUUCUAUUGAAAUCUGCACUUCUUGUAAAAUGAAAAAAAAGAGUGCACAAUCCUCACACACCAAGCACUUCAGGAGUGUCCAUUUAAAACUAAGAAUAUGAAUGUUUUAGAAAUACCCAGUCAAAGUUAACUUUUUUUUUAAAUUCUUUAUUUUGGUGUGCAGGUGGUCACAAUAGAUUGACAGAUGCCAAAACAGCGUAUUUCAAGUUGCAUACAAGUUAGACAGUGGCAUGAUAAUUUGCACAAUUUUUAUAUUUAACGUGCUUAACGAGACAGUUAUUUUGUCGGAGUAGGGUUAGGUGAAAUAAAAUAAAACAUAAACGCAAAUACAGAUAUUGGAUGCUUAACAUUGCUAGUUCACCUAUGCUAUAGUAGUUGUAGUAUGGACACAUUUUAAAUCAGGGCUGUAUCUGGUUAUGUAAUACUGUAUAGAUUCACUGAAAACCUAAAUAUAACUCACUAAUCUUUUAACGAAAACGCUAGGUCAACGCUUCUAAUAAAUGAUAGCAGUAGUAGAUAUCAUCAUAAGAAGUAUCAGUGGGUGAGCGAAACAAUGAGGUGUAGUAAACAUGCUAUGGUGACUGACUUAGUUGUCGGCUCCACCAAAUGUGACAGCAAGUGUGAGUAUGCGCGGCGACAUAUACUUAAGCUGUUGCUACACUUUUCAGUUCACGACUCUAGAGAACUAUAGCAUGGUCAUGUGAGGUCUGUUAGUUAUAUCAAAGUGUGUAAGCCACCAAAGCUGCAGCUACGCGUAGGUUGUAAUCAGUGUGUUAUAUGUGUGCAUCAGUAGCUUGAUGUGUGUGUUGCGAGCCUUUCCUGUAGUGAACAUGCAGGCUUGGUGUGGUCUAUUAUAGUAAGGUUGAAAGCACAGCAGGGCAAUUCAUGAAAAUACAGUAAAUGUAUAUAGUAGAGGGUGCUUGUCUGUAUAAAGGGUCUUCCUCAUGGGGCCCCUUGUGAUAGGCGUGGGAGUCUGGUUGGCGUUUGCCUGUGAGUAUAACUGGUGCCUCACAUGUGGUUAGUCCAGGUGUCCGUCAGCCAAUGCCUUUCAGGGGCAUGUUAGAGUCCCACGCGGCGCAGCCGGUCAGCCUGCCCAAUUUCGUGAGUCCCAGCGAUGAAGUGCCUGGCUGGUAUGUCAGCCGUUGGAGAGCUUCCAGCUUGUCGUUUUGUGUUGCCGUCUGACUGUGGGUCCUCCAGCCUGAUUCAUGGUUGCGUCUCUGCUUGGAACGGUCCAGGCGGGCCCUCGGCCCAGAAGAGUGGUGGGAGGCUGGCAAGGCUGUGGGCUGUAUAGCGGUGGUACCUGGAGGGGUGAGUACCCAUUGUGCUUGUGUUCCAUCAGUUACUGCGGGUGUUCCACUGGUUCAUGGCUUGGGUUUGAGUGGCUGUGCUUUGCGAGCUGCUCUCAGCCGGUGUGCUGGGUAUUUUCCACCUCGCGGCCAUUUUGGGCUCUUCAUCCGUGCCAGGAUUGCAGGUGUCCGUCGUCUGUUUAGUCGCUUGUUUGGUGGUGCCGGUGAAUGUGAGUGCUUGUUUGGAUGCUGUUGAGCCUGGAACUGCAGCCUCUCUUCCAGUUUACUCCAGAAUGUUGUGAAGGCACUGUCCAGUCUGACCUCUAUGUCCGCCCAUAUUGCUGUAGUGUCUGGGUUCCUCGUGGCGUCUGCCAUGUUGGCUGGGUCGGCAGAGGUGCUCUUAGUUAUAGCCCCUCUGUUCCUCGUGUGGUGUGGGUCAGAGUAUUCCCCCAGGGUUAGACCGGGAUUACUCCCACCGGUCCAGAGGGGGGGGGUUGCAGGGUACCUGCUCUACAUAAUGUGCCGCUUAGGGCUGGGAGGUCGGCCGUCUCUCCCGCCUGGUGGUCAGCGGGCCGCAUGGCUCCACGUGUGCCGCUCGUUGACUUCGGUGCAGCUUCUGUCCUCGGUAGUUUCUCGUUGCUCCGUGCUAAGGUAGGUGAGGCUUUAGCUGGGUUUUGUCUCGGGUUAAUUUUGGCUAAAAGUCUCUUUUUCGGCAAUGAUAAUGAGGAGCUCAUGCAAGAUGCGUCUUUGCUGCUUGGCGGUCAGGCCCCGCCCCCCCAAAGUUAACUUCCUAAUUUAACAAACCUUGUGUAGAAUACUUCUUGGAAAGAUUGAGCAUACAUUUUAGGAUCCGGUAUAUGUCAUACAUCAGAUUACAGACAGGGUAAAAAAAUCAUGCCAUUUUCUUUGACCAUUUUAGGUAUACUGUAAAAUAAAUUGCAGCUAUAAAAGAAAAAAUAGUUUGUACCAAGUUUCACAUUUAAUACCUAUAGUCUACAGUUUUAACUGUACGAACUAUGUAACUUCUGUUAUCACCAGUAACGUGAGACACAAGUACCGUACAUAUGUUCUUGGGUAAUUGUAAACAUGAAAUUUCUAUCUCCUUCAACCAACUCGGACCUUGGUUGUCUAGAGCCUAUGUAGCUGGCGAGGACCUCCUAGUUGUGCAUUUAAAUUGACUAAAUAUUGUAUAUUAUCAGCAAAACCUACUUUACUGAGUUGUGUACUGUGAUAUGUGCCAGUGGGGACUAGCUAUUGCCAGAUAGACUUGUUCAAAAAUUAAUUCUGGCUGGUGUUUAUCUCAAUUAAAAUCCUUUUAUGAAUCCACAGCUGGAUGAAUCGAUUUACUUGAGGUUUAACUGUGGAUUCUUAUUUAAUGAAUAAUACUUCACAGGUAAAUCACUGGCAAAUCUAUUCAUUCAGGCGUAGUGUGACAAACUCCCCAGUCCUCGUGAGUUUGCCACAAAUUCCUGGAGGAGCUAGCUUGCCCACCGAUUAUGGGCCAGGUCAGCGACCAUAAAGACCCAUAUUUUAUUCCCCCUGGUCUGGCACUUUCCAUUUAUGCGCAUAUAACUAAACGAUCGCUCCCUGGCGGCCAUUCGCAUGGACCAAAACUGCAAAUACACUUCAGGGAGACUUAGCAGCUAUUCCAUGGAACUAUUUUCAGCAUGACAACUUCACGGUUCCCGGUCUGUCCCCAGCGGCACUUAGCCGUGAUGCUAUGGAACUAUUUUCGGCUAGGGGAUCAUGCGUGCGGUCAGUCAAAUUAUGACUUCCAGGAUAUUCCUGAACCAAUCUGGGUGAUUUUCUGGAUAUGUUGGUCACCCAGACCCAGAUGUAACUUUUGUGGGGUUUUAUGUAUUUUAAAGGUGGAUUUGGGAAAUGUGUUUUUUUUUGUGCUUGGAGAUAAUUGAGUUUAAUACAGUGCUUGACUCCAUUAUCUCCUAGGCACAUGGGAGGGAUUAUCUUGUUUUUUUAUGAGUGUCCUGGACCUGGGAGCCAAUGUAGUCGUGUGUAUGUUUUUAAUGUAAUCUACUCUCAGGUCCAGGGGGGAGUGCCCCUUGCAUGUGGACCUGCAUAUAAGGCCAGUUGUGGCUGCCAUUAAACGUAUUCCAGCUUGUACUCCCAGAACUAUGUUGUCUGGUUACUGGGAGGGGAAAGGGCUAAUCACUAUUCCAUCAUGGAGGAUUCAAGAGGGAAAGUCCUUGUAAGGACUAGAGCUCCCAGGACUGAGCGUCGUCCAGUGCAUGGGGUGUCUAAAACGAAUUCCCGAUUUGGCUCCAGGAGGGAGCGCUUCCAGGACCCCAGUCAAGCCACGGUGACUGUGGGCAGAAGUUUGUCCCCUGUUCCAGCUAGGAAGAGGUCCUUGGCGGAGGUAGCCAACCAGGGGUGCAGGGAGCUCUGUUACACAUAGAUUAAAAGUACUUUUUUACUGAUGAACCAGCCAAAGCAAAUUUUGUAUAAGUCUAUUGGUGGACUAAAACUCUGUUGGACUUCUGCCUAUCUUCGGUGGUGGUGCACCUUGUGGUAGUGUUCUUUUAUCUGUUACAUUGUAAAAGGGGAAGGUGAUGCUGCUGGGCGUUGGUUAAGCAAAAUUCGAAUUGUUUCCCCCAUUCUUGCUGAUUUACUCUAUCAAAGUACGUAGGGUCCUUGAGAUGCGAGUCAUAUCACUUUGUUUCGGCUAUCUUUUAUCAAAUUUCCAUAAGGAAUAUUUAAUAUAUUACAAGAGUAAGUUCCAAGGGAUACUGUGACCCAUUAAAUGUACAGGUUUAUAGGAACAUAAGGUUCUGUACCAUUUGAAUCCAUCCUUGUCCACUUUUCUUUCCAUAUUUAAUAGUUAGGUUUUCACACCCGGUUCAAGUACACACUUUAAAGUAACAGGAAAGGAGACUGGGUAUUCCAGGCAUGUCUCUACUUAACUAUCCAAUUUCUCUCUUACUCAUCACAGUUUACUUCAUGGUUUGGGGAAGUAGCGGCCCAGUCACUAGUCAUAGUGCGGUUGUACCAAGAGAUCUGGACCCUUGGCUGCACAGCCAUUUCUUCCCUGAUCCCUAGUCACACUUAGUCUGCUAUUCACAUAGUGAUGAAAUAUUACUCUGAACUCCAAAAUCUUUUACCUGUAGUACAUUCUGCCGUAGUUAGCAGGUAACAGAAAUCUGGAACACAGUUCUUCUGACUUCACCCGGAACUUAGUGGAAGUUACUUGGUUACCUACACAACCCAGUGCAUAUCUUAUUGCCCACUUUACAAGGUACUUUAUAAGCUUCAAAUUAUAUAGGUCUCUGCAGUGUAAUUUUACACAUUCUAAAUUUACCCAGUAGAAUGUUGCUUGAAUUCCACAUUCUAUUAGUCCCAUGUCCUUCUCCCUGUCAUUCUGCUUUCUCUACAAAGUCUGUCAGUUGGAUUCUUUGUACAAGUAUUGACAUACACAGCAACUGAAAGGCUAUUUGUUUAAUUUUGUUCAGUACUUGUACAUCCCAAUUGUCCCUUUUGUCAAUAAUGACAGCCACUGACAGAUUUGUACUAAUCGUUGUAAAAACAUUGGGUUUUAAUAGAUUUUUGGGGUUGGUAGACAUUGUAAAAUGUGUUUCUCUGGAUUGUUUCGGAACACAUUAAAGUAAGUUUGUUUGUCUCCUUCCUCCAUCAACCCCAUCUCUGCUAUUUUGGUAUAAUUUAUGCAACUAAAAAAAAAAAUAAAAAAAAAAUAAGACCUACAAAAAAUGUUUUCUAUCAUUUUUUCCCCCUUUUUCAUUUCUUCUUUCUUUCUCAACAGGCACUUCAAGAGGGACCAACCAACAAGAAAGAAGAAUAGAACCAUACGGAAAUGCCCAGAAAUGUCCCUUCCCCACGCAUUUGAUUCUUUUAAAAGCUGUCCUAUGUUUUCAGGGGUGGAGUAUGAGUUUAUCAUACAUGACAGCAAUUCAUUCUGGUUACUCGCAGAACCAUACUGUUAUUUUUUUUUUUUUUUUUUUUUAAAGCGAUAGCACUGCAAUCCUCUGCUCGCUUAUAAUGUUAACAGAGUUUCUAUAUUCAUGUUAUUCUGCAUGUAGUCCGUUCAGUGUUCAGCUUUACCGAAGCUCAGAAAAUCAAAUGCUAUCUCUGCGGCGGCGUGCUCUGAAUAACGCUCCCUCUUUUUAUUAUUGAGGUCAAAAAAGGUUAGAGACAAAAACAAAGACACAAUGCAUUGUAGAUACAAUGUGCGGUUUUAGUUGAUGGAUCUUUCUUGGUAGAGAAACAGUUAAAAGAGCCAUGCUAGUCCAUUUCAGUUAAUUUGUCCUCUGCAUAUCUGUUCUCCAUAUCUGUAAGUCUGAUACUUUGCACUGUUUACCACGCUGACUCCAGUUGUCUAAUUAAAUCGGUGAUUAUUAUAUGUAAUAAAACUACGUUAAGACAUUCAUGCCAUUUGCUUUUUGCAAGGUCGCAAGUAACUAAGGUGAACAUUUACACGUAUCGUCAAAUAGAGAUGUGGACUAUGGUUGGUAACUUUCCACAGUGAAUGUGUCUGGAUUUGCUAAAUUGCCAUUAAAGAAUAUUAAUGCAUAAGAAAGUCAGCACGUUGGGUAUGGAUAAACGUUUGUUUAAAACAAAACCACACAACAUAUGUUUUAGGGACGGUGUGUGUGUUUUUGUAUAGCAUAAGUCAUACAUGGUCUAAUUGGCCUGCUACAUAAUGGUAAUGAUGAGAAUAAUCCAACAUUAAGCAUCUUUAUAGGUAUUUGAAUAGGGUUAUAAAUUAUACACACAUCACAUGGUCCACUGGGCUAAGCAUGGUUUGCAUUCUAUACUGGACAGGUGUUCUCCAAUAAUAUUUCCAAUAUUAUUUCCUUUGUGGGGAAAAAAUCUGUGCAUUAUUUCCUGUAAUGCACAUAUUGUGUGUCACCUCACCUAAUCUCAGGCAUAGUUACAACAUGCAUGUUUCAGUCUGCCUUUGAUUAGUGGGAGUUGACACUCGCAUACAGUCGCUGCUAUAUACAACUACAAACAUUUUAAUGUAACCCUCGCCCCAUGCUGAAUUAGAGUUGUCAGCUUGUAAAUAGGAACUGGGUCUGGAAAUGUAACUUCCCAGCCCGGGAAUAGAACUGCCACUGAUCUCUGGUAGACCAAGACUUGUAUGUCCUGGGGCUGCUCUGAAAUUAAAGGAGAUUUAAUCCUAAAUACAGUUCACCAUUAUGUUAUCUAUAUAUUGUAUGUGGUAUUUUUUUCACGUUGUUUUGAUAACUAAAUGCGUCUACUCAUUGAAUAUUUGAAAAUGGGAAGAAUAUUUCUAUUAAAACGUGUAGAUUACUUAAAGGUUAAUAUGCCUCCACAAACUUCUAGGGUAAAGGCUAUACUUUCUGUUGUUUAGCAAAGUAGACUUAAAAAGUAAGCUUCCAAAACCAAUCUAGACCUUUCGGAUGCAGUCUCCAUCUGAAGAUAUCCCAAUGUUAUCACCGUCGCUUGUUUGCGAUGUUUCUGCUGCUUGUGCUGUAUAAAUGUUUACAUGCUUUAAUGGCUGCUCACACAAAGAUAUGUUAUGAGAUGUAAAGAACUAAAAAUUGGCAUUUAUCAAGGCUUGUUCCAGAUACAGGCCUCUUUAAAGUCCUGAUUUUGAGGACCUGUUCCACCAUCCUGUUUUUUUCCCUGAUGUCCAUCAUCUGGGGACACUAGAGAAGUGUCCCUGGGCAGCACAUCGCAAGUGCGUCAGUUGCAUUCUACAGCGGGCACUAGGACUAUGCAGGGAGCACUUCAGCAGCUCUCACUGCAUAGUCCUCAAGCCUGGAGGUUGGCCAUGGAGUCUCAGUGGGCAGACCUACACGUUAUGGAUAUAGCUAAUGACGUGGGUUUUCUUAUUUGUGAUGUCUCCUCACUGUUCCCUCCACCUCUUUCCGAUUCUCUCCUCCAGAUCGUUGGAAAGUAUGCGCAUAUGGAACACCAAGCAAAUGACCACAAACUACUUAACAUGAAAGCAUCACAAGAUAUGCUGUGCGGAGUAACCUCAUGGGUAUCAGCCAAGGCUCAGAACAUUUUACAAACGCUAGUUUGCCCCGAAUGAAGAUGGCCAGACAGUCAGGACACAGGCUGUCUGUCAUGACAUGCGCUCUCUGUGUCUCUCGUAUAAAAUAUCUCUCAUAUAAAUUUAUUCAUUUUCUGCAUAGAGACCUAAGAUUCAGGCAAUUGCGCAUCUAAGUUUCCAAUUCUGUCACAUCUUAAUGGAUGCAUGGGUUAAACAUAUUAAAGGGGAGCUAUUACAUCCCAGGAUUUUUAAUACUAGGUUUACUUAUCCCUAUAUUUUGCAAAUAUGUAUUUGCGAGGUGUGAGAAAAUAAAAUAAAAUUUGAAACACACACCUCGUUGUCCUGCAACUGGGUGCCUCCAUCUUAACGUCUGUACUUGCCAGUCAGCUUGGAGAAAGCACACAGAGAGAAGGAGAGGUUAAACCGUUUGUUUUCAUUUCUCCUUUUAUUGGCAAUGUAGGCUCUGGUUUUUCCUUGUCUGAACUGGAUUAUGAUGUAAUUUGCUAAAUUUUGAAUAAGAAUUUAAAAUAAAAGCUGCGCCCUUUAUGAAAAAAGUUAACACAAUAUGAUUUUCAAUGGUUUUAAUUCCAGAGACAUGACUGUUUCCCUUUUAAUUUAUUUUAAAUUUGACUUUCAACCCACUCAAUUGCAUUUUAUCUUAUGUAGCUGCCCCAUAUGAUCUUUACAUAUCCAGAAACCCACGUCUUCUAUUUUUUUGUAAAGAUUAACAAAGCCGCUGAUUUAGUGUUGACCCUCUAAGGACACUGUGUGGGAGGAAGUUCUUAAAUAAAAUGCAGACUUUGAAGAAAAAAAACACAUACAUUUCAUUAAUAGAUAUCUAGAAAUUACUGUAAGAAUUUCAUAGAAUGAUAUGAAAUGUAUAUUGCUUUUUUCUCUUUACAGCCGGUUCUUGAUUUCCAGUUCAUAGCGGGAUUAUAACUGGCCUAUUUUAAUUAGUCAAAAGUUCUCAAAUAUUCAGGUCUACCUACUAUAUUGCCAAAUUAGGUAAAUUUUGGAAUAUUUCACCCUUUAGUGGUCUAAUUUGUAGCAAAGUAUAAAAGUGUUAACGUUUCCUUUCAUUGUUCGGGUCAUCCUAAUCUACAGAAUAGUUUUGUAUACCAAAAAAAUAUAUUCCUCAUAAGUUUACAGUAAUAUCGAUUAUUAGAUAUUUGAUAUGGAACCAGUUUGUUGUAAGUAGUAAAUCUUAUCAUUCCGGGAAAGUAGGAGUUUUUUUUAUAUAGUUAAUAAGUCCAGGACAGCUGUUCUAAUGAGAUAUGUAGUACCAGGUACGCAAGUACACAUGAUAUCCAAUAAAUAGUUUAAGUAGCUCAAACUUGUGGCGUCUCCUAAUUCGCCCCAUGCAUUUUUAAGUUUCUGACAUUUAAUAUGCAGUUAGGGAGGAAUUGAGAUAUCAACUGGUCUCUGCCGAACUUUCCACCAUCUUCAGAUCGUUAUUUGGUUUUUACUCGUUCGUUGAAUUUGCUGUGUGGCUUGUGUAAAUUAUGUAUUCCUUGCUAACGGGUUGAAGACAAGAAUGUAUCCGCUUUAUGGUGGGCAAUAAAAUUUGCUUUUGAUAAUUAGUCACUGAUUUGUCAUUUUAGUUUAUCUUUUCAUUGAACUAAGCUUUUAGGUAUUUUCCAGUCAUUAUUAAUAAUAGUAAUCAAGAGUAGUAGGGCAGUAUGACUAAAAUCCACAUGAAAAUCAGUUUCACACCACUGAUAAGAAAGAAAAGGGAAAGAAAAACUACCAUUAUAAUCCCUACAUCAUCCCCCAUCCCAACUUCAUCCAUGAUAUGCUGUAGGUCACUGCCAUUUUCUACUUAGACUGAACCAAGAUGUCUUUAAACAAAGACUGGGAUACUUAGUGUUUCUUCUGCACUUGUUUUCCUCCAAUUCCUCCUUCAUCGUCUGAUGCCAGUCUGGUGAACAACUUCCAAUAUAUUGCUUGGUACUCCCCUAUAACCCCUAAGGAACAUCACACCAAUUCGACGAGGUGAGACCAAUUAUUCACUGGAAGAUGUAUUGGAGCCUGAAUAAUUUCUUUAUUGAUUUAUUUAUCAAUGAAAAGCUUUUUCAUUUUUUGGGGGAAGGGGCGACCACCACACAAAGUUUGAAUUAUUUUUUUAUACUUUUUAACCCCUUAAGGACACAACUUCUGGAAUAAAAGGGAAUCAUGACGUAAUAUUUCCGUCAUGUGUCCUUAAGGGGUUAAAGUCUGUUAUAACACACAAACUGUGGUGGUAUUCCUUUAACUGCAUGGUUGGAAAACGUUCAGAUGUGUAGACUAAUAUCUUUGCACUCUGAGAUCCCAAAAGUGAGAAUUCUCAAAUAACAUUUAUACUCUCGUAGUUGAGGAUUAAACUGAAUAUCGUUGAAUAUCACCCACUGGUGUGCAUCUCACAGGGAAACACACUCCCAAUAUAGUUAUCCAGCAAUACCUAGGCAAGGAAAUCACCCACCAAAGGAUAUAAUCGUUAUCUGGUAAGGUCUACCCAUUGGAAUGAUUCUUGGUUAACAAACAAAGAAUAUGUUCAACACAAGCCUAUUGUGAUUACUCAAAGAAUCUCCUUUAUGUAAUUAAGUGUUUUAACAACCCAUGCUAAUGAUUUUUUUUUGUUGCCCCUACCCAAGAUCCCAGUUUUACGAUGGCAACCACUCAAGAUGACAAUUCUCAGUUGCCACUUACCCUAGAUGUUUAAAUACCUAUUACAAAUGCAAUCAAAUAAUUACAGAUAAUAUGUUCUAACCUAGAUCUAAGUAAACCUAGUUUUGAAACUGAGCUUGAUUGGCAUCCAAAGAAUUAGGUUCAUGCUCAAUGGAAAAUGUAUUGGCUGCGAAUAAGAAAAAUUACUGGGGGCGUGUUUUGGCCGUCAACCCUAAUGGCCGUGUGAGCCGAGUGCUCCCGUCCACCCGCACUAUAAAUAACACAUACCAGCAGCAACGCGACCCUAAACCGCUGCCGAGUCACCUCACCAUGUCUGGUACUGGCUCCAGAGCUAAACUGCUGUGCAAGAAGAAGGGAGAGAGAGGGGGGAUCCUGCAAUGCCGUGAUGGAUCUGUUUGUGGCCUCCCGCGCACUUUAGACCUCGCAAGAUGGCCGCCACACCAGCCCACAUGGCUCACAGUCCCCUGCAUCCGCGGCAGAAAGUGAAGCACAGGACAGCCCUGGCGAAACCUCCCAGAUCCUACAGAAACUCUUGGAGGUGAAAAAUUAUCUGUCUGGGGAAAUUGCCCACAGCUCCAGGGAAGUAAAAGUUGAAAUCCAAGCUUUAGAUGCACGCACCUCUGACCUGGAACACUGCAUGGAAAUGGUGGUGAGAGCACAGAACACAGCAGUGACACAUGUUAACUACAUGGCCCAGCAACUGGAUAUUUUCAUGCAAGGCUGUGACCUUUCAAACCGUUCCAUGCUCAAUAAUCUGCACAUAAGAGGCCUCCCGGAAUCUCCCAAUGAAGGGCCUAUAGCAGUGAAGCUUGAAGAUUUCUUCAAAGAACUACUACCCGACAUACCGUAGUAGAAAUGGCAGAUUGACCGAGCCCACAGAUCUCUGCGUGCCAAAAGAAUGGAAGGAGCAGUACCCAGCGACGUUAUUCUCUGCUUCCACUAAGGAAGCCAUAGUGACAAAUAGCAGACAGAACGUCCUGCAGUGGGGCAGGGACCCCGCACCAUUCCUCUAGGAAUGUCCUGCAGCGGGGCAGGGACCCCGCACCAUUCCUCUAGGAACUACCCAUAGGUGUUCUGUCCGAAUUUAGAAUGCCUCAACCUGUUUGCCCUCUACUCACCUCUCUCCCCAGCGAGUGUCAUGAAGUUCCAGGCAGUGCUGAAAACCACACCUGAAGACACCAUACCAGUACUCCACGAGCCUUAACACGAUGGACUCCACACCUCACUGACUGAACUCUCACUUCCACACUGGUCCAGCUAAGUACUGAGAGGGAAUAGGGACUAUUGAGCUGGGAGCUCUGGGGAGAGAUGUGGAAGACACCUUAUUAUGCCACCUAUUACUACACCAACAGCCUGACUGACAACUCACACAAUUUUAUAUUGAGUUGCACUGUAUAUUAUAUAUUUUUGAUCAUAUAUAAUUUGUUCAACCCACAACUGUAGUCUCAGUCACUCUAGCAGAAACGGCUAUGCACCUGCUGCUUGGGCGGGUUCCUUUAAGCCCAUCCCAAAUUUAGCCCACUCAGGGUACACACCCUUACACAUCCCUAUGGAUACACCAACAUUACUACAUUGCCCAGGCACCUACAACAAAAUGGGAAGGUAAGUAGCUGGGGAGAGAGGCCACAUCCCCAACAAAAGGGGGGGGGGGAGAAAAAGGAAUACAAACCCUGUAUCAGGCUGACAUCUGGGACCCUGAGGAGUGAGGGGUCGGCGAGAGGUGAGGGGCAGGUCACCACUGUCCGUUUGCAGGGAUACCCAUGCCUCGCCCUGCGGCGUUCAUGGAUACACCUCACACCAACAUUUGCGCCACCUUCCAAGGUCACAGGCGGUACCUAUCUCCACCAUCCUACGGGAUAGUCCCCACGAGAUCACUCCUUUUCUACUAAACUCAUACUGAAAUGGUGACGUGUUAUAUAACUAUGUUGCGGGUCGUGCGCACUGUAGCACAGCGGAUUGGGGAUGGGAGUCACCACCCUGUAGUGAGAACAAUAAGAUUCGGAUCGGGGGAGGCUUGCACCCCCAGACUGCUCUGGCAAUCCGUAAGACCAGACUGUUCGUUUUCAUUGUUUAUACACCUCUGUUCUGAGGUCAUGUAUUUUCUGUUAUGUUAUGUUUUCGUUUUUCUUUUUUGGUAUCUCCCCACGGCACGGGGAACGUUCCGGUUUCUUGUACACUUGCCCUAUACAAAUGCAACAACUCAAUUCCACACCCCCCACCCGACUCUACACCUCCGAACUGCACUGCUCUUGCGGGAGUUGAAAGCAAAAAGGGCUGAUCUUACUCUAAUCCAGGAAACACACCUCCCCAGGUCGGCAAUGGUCAGGUUGACCAAUAGCCAGUACACCAAGGCCUUUGAGGCCAGGGUACUAUGUAAGCAUGCAGGCGUAACAAUCCUCACUCACCUGCCCCUUUCAAGUUUCGGGUUCUGUGGCAGACCCUGAGGGUCGGUAUAUUUCCAUAUCGGUUACCCUACAUAACACUAAAAUCCACAUCACUAAAGUAUAUGCUCCCAACAAACCUGAUCCCCAAUACUGGAACUCACUCACGACAAUGGCUGGGCAGAGGGGGGAGGCAUACUUGUAAUAGGAGGGGAUUUCAAUGCAGUGCCGUGUCCAGCAGUUGAUAGGAGCACAAAACCUGGAAUGGUUCGGUCCUAUGGGAGGGGGUCACAGGACAAACUAUUUCAUGAGUUUCUUGCCAACACCAACCUUCUAGACUCCAGCACCCUAGCACCCGGGAUUUUGUAUUCUACACCACACCGCAUGGUACAUACCCCAGGAUCGACAACAUCCUUCUCAAUGGGACGGGUAUGGCAAAACCUGCGCACUCUGCCAUAAAUAGCAUAAUCUAGUCUGACCAUGCAGACAUCGAGAUCAUACUUGACAGACACAAGUACUCCUCUAAUUGGACAUCGAAACCAAACACUAGCCUUCUCAAUUACUUAUUUAAGGCCACCAGCACAAUCAUAUCAGAAUACUUUACUCACAUCAUCUCUACAGGCGUAGACCCAGUAGCCAUUUGGGCCGCCCAUAAGUCAGUCCUGAGGGACCACUUCAUCAAGGUAGCUACACACAAAAAGUGACGCACAACCCACCUCCUACUGGAGCUGCAAGCAGCUCUGAGAAAAGCAGAGCAGCAACACAAAGCAAACCCCACAGCAAGCAAACUGACGGAAGUGGGGGGUGGCUCGCUCCAUUCCGUGGUUUCGGUGCUUGUAUUAUGAAAAAUCCAACAAAAUGGAUACAAUGUUAGCCAGAGUGCUGCGUCCUUGGAGUGGAUUUCGACCCAUCACUAAAAUCCGCACAGCAGCGGGGGUCCUAGCAGACACUCCAAACACCAUUAACAAAGUCUUUACAGACUAUUGCUGACACUAUACAACCACUGCCCACAGCCAGAGGGAUCUGCACCUGAUGGUUGUGCAGACCUUCCAACCUACACUUCCAACCUCAGUGUAUCAUUGAAUAGUGUCAUCACAAAAAUAAAGAAUUCAAAUAAAUAAAAUGUAUUGGCUACAAGCUGAUGAUCUCGGAGAAAACUGUUGCCACCAAAAUUGUUCAAUUCCUUUUCACCAACUCUACACGACUCCUGCUAGACAGUGCUAUCUUUUGCUCUAACUUUUACCCACCUGACUGUAACCUCUUAGGGAUAUGUACCAGCAGACUUGGUGGUGUUUAUGGCCUGUUUUCACAAUUUUAGACUUGGUUCAGUUAUGUGUUGGCUCUGUGAGUCACAUAUGAUGAACUGCUACAUCAGUCAUCUUGUGUUUAUUUUUGGGAGUGGAUUCACCCAGGGGUGGAAUAAUAUAACUAUAAACCAAGGUCACGCAGAAUUCUUUGUAAAAAGGUCCUUGGGUCACAAUCUAGUUUUAGCCGAGCUACUCCCCUUACUUUAGAACUAAGAAAUUCAUCAUAUCAAAUUAUUCUGUGUGCGCUCUCCAUUUAUUAACCCAAGUGUUACGUUUGCUCUUUAAACCAGGGUUUGCUAUUGGUGUUUGUAGGUGUGGAUUUAAAAGCAGUGAUUUAAAAUUAGUCCUCCAGCAACACAGAACAGUACCGUUUUGUUGCUAGCUCCGUGGAGAAGUAUUGAGAAAAUAGCAGUCCUUGGCCAUUUUUGAGAAAACCGUUCGAUCUGUCUCCAUCACGUACUCGCUGGCCUUUUUCAAACCAAAUUAUAAUCAUUGGCAGCAAUGAAAUGAAUAUAUAAAAUGUAAUUUUCUGUAUUACGAUUGUUAAUUAUAUGCAUUUUCCUGCAUGGCUAGGUUUAUUACAUUCCUGUAAACCGUUUUUGGAAAAAAGAUUUAAACAUUAAAAAAAAAA